AUGGGAGGUGAAGAAGUCUACUCCCUUUCUCCUCAGUAUGUGAAUGUACAAUCUACACUUUCAUAAAAAUAGAGGAAGAAGAAGAAGAAGAAGAAGAAGAAGAAGAAGAAGAAGAGGAGGAGGAGGAGGAGGAGGAGGAGGAGGAGUUUGGAUUUGAUAUCCCGCCUUUCACUCCCCUUCAGGAGUCUCAAAGCGGCUAACGUUCUCCUUUCUCUUCCUCCCCCACAACAAACACUCUGUGAGGUGAGUGGGGCUGAGAGACUUCAGAGAAGUGUGACUAGCCCAAGGUCACCCAGCAGCUGCAUGUGGAGGAGUGGAGACACGAACCUGGUUCACCAGAUUACGAGUCUACCUCCCUUAACCACUACACCACACUGGCUCUCAAGAGAGCAGGACCCAAGGUUCAGACAUCACCGAAAUCUGAGGGUAAACCAAUUCUGCGAGGUAGUAAGCUGCCACCACUCCUGACGUCUGUCCGCCCAUCCUGAGGUCUCAGGUCAAAGUCUAGACAUCUCUAAGAUCCCAAUGAACAACAGCUAAAGUUGCACUCUCUGCUUUCAGGGGGCGUUCAAAUUACACGGCAGAUGUGACCAAAGAGAUUGAAGACACCGGUUUAGAAUCAAGGCUUAACCCAAACAAGUCCACCAAAACGAAGAGGUAGAUAUUACAUUACUGUAAUAAACCCGUUGUCUUCUGCAUUUUCCCCUGCCCCCUACCUCCCAGUUCAAAGGCCGAGAGGAAAAGUUGAGCAAUGUAUGCCUAAGUACACAUGGGAGGCUGAAAAGCUUCCUUGAUUUAUGGAUGCCCAGGCGACAGGUUCUUUAAAAACCCUGCUCUAAGCAUUCCUGCCCUCUCAGAAAGCAGAAUCACCAAUCAAUCUCAUUUUGCCCUGGCAAUCAACUGUAAUUAUUCAUCUUCUCCAGCCAGGAAGAUCACCUCUCCUUCUAUUUCAGGGAUUUGGUCUAUGGUUCUUCAGGCGCUGUUGGACUACAAAUCCCAUCAGCCCCAGCAAGCAUGGCCGAUGACCAGAGAUGAUGGGAGCCAUAGUUUGGCAACAUCUGGAGGGCCGCAGUCUCCUUAACCUUGCUGUUCACCCAAACCUAGCUUCCAACCUCAAGAACUGUGCACAGAGCACCAUCUAGUGGCAAAGUCUUGUGAAUGCCUCCAUUUCUCCAAACUCUAUUAAAUGAAUUUGACUUUUCUUUUUUUAAGCCAUCAUUUCAAAGACAAAACUUUGCUUUGUUGACUUCUGUAUGGCCAGUACAGGUUAGGAACACAGGUAAAAACCUUUCUCCUGUAGAAAUGACACCAAAUUUGCUUGUUACUCACAUUGUACACCUUUUAUCACUGCAAUUUAACUGGCCCUCUCUUUUUAUUGUAUAUGCUGCGGUUUCAUAAAAAAUAAAAUAAAAUGCUUAUAUUUAUCUCCUGCCUUUUUCCCCACUAGAGAACCUAAGCCUUGCAGUGGUUCUCAACCUGUGGGUCCCCAGAUGUUGUUGGACUACAACUUCCAUCAUCUCUGAGCUCUGGCCUUGCUAGCUAGGGGUGAUGGGAGUUGUAGUUCAACAUCUGGGGACCCACAGGUUGUGAAAGGCUGAAAGGCAUGAUGCCAGAAUGCAUGUGGUUCCUAGGCAGUAUCCCAUCCAGACACUGACCAGCCCCAGCCUCAUGGGUCUUCAAACCAUACUCUGUGGGUUUUUUAAAAUAAAAAACAGAGAGUUUAUUUUUUCCCCCAUUGCUAUUAACUACUGUUGGAAAGGGGCAGCACUGAAAUACAAAUGUUUCUUUAUUUAUGGCACUGAUUUUAGCAUUUGCAUUGCCUGUUAUUCCAUGCUUAGGUGCUUAACUGGAUAGAACUCUUUAGAUCAAAUCUUCCACUCCUUAUUUGAGGGUUGAGCUAUAGUCUUACUGCAGAAAGCUGCCACAUUAGCCUGCCCAAGGAAAAGGUGAAAUACAAUCGAUCAGCAGCUGCUAGGAGGACCCAGAGUCAUUAUGGUUCUGGGAACACAAAGGAUGAAGUCAGCAUUCUGGGAAAGUGCUAAUGAACCAAAAAGCACAGAGAACCUUCUGAGUAAUCACCAAACAAAUGUAAAGAGACCUACAUACUAAAGAGACAUGUGCAGGAUCUGCCUAAGGUGGAGCUCCUGCGGAAAGGGAAGUGCUUAAUGGGAUAAGGAGUCCUCUUCCAGAGUUUCUCAUUUAUUGCCUCUAAUGAGAAAUCAGGCUGAGUCAUCUUUUCUUUUUCCUGCCAGCUUUCUUUCUGAUGGGAAGUGGGCAGUUGCCCCUGGAGACUGUCCAGGAUGCUACCAGUCAAGUGUUUCAGGUGGAGAGGCUGCUUUUAGCGGACACAUCUCUGGGUUUGUGGUGGCAGCACAGCAAAAUGGUGAGAAGGGUGGGCGAGCAUGCAUUCGCACGCCUGCACACACAAGCCCUGUGUUAUGUACUGAAGUUCUCACCCUGGGCCAGCAGGGGGAUACUGUAGAUAGUUAUGCAAAUAAGGGAUCGAAAGUGACGUUCAGUGAUUGGAUAGUUUUAGAAAAUUGUUACAGUUACGUUGUACUGGAGCUCUAUAUAAGCAAGCUGACUGAACCCUUCAGUUCAGUUCUGUUCUGGCCUGUGAAUAAACAAGAGCUGUUUGAAGAAUCACUGUGUCGUCUGAUAUGUUCACCCACAACUUAACACCCCGAACCCGAAUCCCAUUGCAUCAAAAUCCUGAAGACCGGAACGUGUGAAUUAAGGGUACAAUCCUUUGGAGACAUCUGGGAAUAAGUCUCAAACUCAGGGGGAUCUGCUUCUGAAUAAAUAUGCAUUUGAGCAGGGGGCAUUAAGAUAAAAUUGUGACCUUCUCCCCCACUUUCCUAAGAAUAGACCUACAUUUAAAAACUACAAUAGCCACCCCAUGGGCUGGGCAAUAUCUGGUUUUCCACAUCACAAUAUAUCACCAGCUAAACAUCAUGAUAAGGGAUGCGGGUGGAGCUGUGGGUUAAACCACAGAGCCUAAGACUUGCCGAUCAGAAGGUCGGCAAUUCGAAUCCCCAUGACAGGGUGAGCUCCCGUUCCUCGGUCCCUGCUCCUGCCAACCUAGCAGUUCAAAAGCACGACAAAGUGCAAGUAGAUAAAUAGGUACCGCUCCGGCGGGAAGGUAAACGGCGUUUUCGUGCGCUGCUCUGGUUCGCCAGAAGCGGCUUAGUCAUGCUGGCCACAUGACCUGGAAGCUGUACGCCGGUUCCCUCAGCCAAUAAAGCGAGAUGAGCGCCGCAACCCCAGAGUCGGCCAUGACUGGACCUAAUGGUCAGGGGUCCCUUUAUCUUUACCUUUAAACAUCAUGAUAUACUGUUAUAUCAUGAUGCCUGAAAUAAGGAUGGAACUAUGUACAGUGGUACCUCCGGUUGUGAAAGGGAUCCGUUCUGGAGCUCUGGAUGCAUCCUGAAGUGUCCGCAACCAGAGGCGCCUGUUCUGCACAUGCGUGCGACGCCGUAGAGGACUUCUGUGCAUGCGUGAGACGCACAGAGCGCUUCCGGGUUUGCCACGUUCGCAACCCAAAGUUUACAUAUCCAAAGGGAUAUGUAAGCAGAGGUACGACUGUAGAGGCAUUAGCUGGCUUCAUGGUUUUCCUGACAUCGUGAUUUUGCUGGUGCUUGCUCUUGUGAUUCGCUGACCCCUGCAUGAGGCAGGGGAGAGAUGAGCUGGCAGAGGUCACAGGGGCUGCAGGAAUCGAGAGAACCAUUGGCUGGCUUCACAGUUUCCCCCACAUUGUGAUUUUUGCAUGGCACACACACAGAGAAUGAUUCAUGAUACAGUUUAAGUAUAGCAUAGCAAUGAUUUAAAUAAAUAAACAUAAGCAUAAGCAUAAAAAUGCAAACACAACAAUCAAAAGGAAAAAAGAAAAGAAAAGACAAUCUACAAUCUACUCAGAAUUUGAAAUUUAAAGUUGCUAGAUCUGUUUGGUGACUUUCCCCCAUUCGGCAUUCUAGGAAAAUGGAAAGUGGGGUAGAGAAAAGGGCCAUGAAGAGGAUUAAGACUGAAUUAACUGAGCAAUGCCAACAGCAAAGACUUCUGUAUUAGAAGAGCAGCUCACACAUCUAUACCUAUCACAUGUCUAUACCUUGGAAAUAGCUGUAGCUCUAUGGUAUUUCCACGCCAAAGGUCCGAGGCUCAAUCAUUGAUGGUUCCAAGUACAGCUGGGAAAGGUUCCCAUCUAAAAUCCUGGAGAGCCUCUUCCAGUCAGUGGUGGCAAUAAUGAUCUAGAUGGAACAAUAGUCUGACCCGUUAUGGCAGCUUUCUCUGGACUCAGCUACAUUAGUAAGGAAAAUGCAUUUUGAAUGCAUUAUAAACAUGCAACACCAGAUGGCGCCAGAGAAUCAAAAGAAAUCCGACAUGAUUUUCCACAGUGUUUUUUCCUUUUGUUUUAACCAUUUAAUUUCUGACUUAUUUAUAGUGCCCAUCCCCCUGUGUGUAGAUUCCCCCAGAGAUUCCUAUGUAGUGGAGCACUUAUUUUUAACCUUAGCAUCGUAGAGUUGGAAGGGACCAUCAAGACCUCACAAUGCAGGAAUCUUUUGCCCAAUGUGUGGCUCAAACCCAUGACCCUGAGAUUAAGAGUCUCAUGCUCUACCAUCUGAGCUUUAAAACACAGUAAUAUCCCACUUUUCCGGUGUGUAUAAGCAGCCCAAAGCAGCUUACAACUAAAAAAGAGUUAGGCAUAGCAAUUUUUGAAAACAAAUAACAAUAGCACAGCAGGAAUAACCAUUUUUUAAAAAAAUGAAGGGAAAGACCAAAAGAUAAAUCAAUCGUUAUACAAGUCAUAAGCCUGCUGAAAUAAAGAAAAAGCUUUUCGGGGUCACAUCUGCAAAAUAAAGCAAAUAAAAAUGCAAUCCGCUUUCCCUGGACUGAACAGCCCCUCAACUCACUAGGCUCUCAGAGGAUUCUUACUUGAGUUGCAGCUUUUUGUUUGCCUUUCUGCUUAUCGUGUUGUGCACGCUCUUGAAAUGAAUGAGAUUCUGGAUGUCCACCUGCUGAUAUAAAUGUCCCAUGUCAAUCAUGAGCACUGUCCAGGAGGCCACAGGAAGAAAUGACUACCCUAGGCGGGGCUGUGGCUUUUCUCACUACUGCAAUGCCAAGUUUUGUGCCUUGAUAUUUGCAAGCUGGUUAACCCUAUGCUCCCCAAUGAACAAACAGGUAAGAUAUGCAUCUUGCAUAUAAUAUGCAACAGCCCAUGCAAAGGGUUCUUUUAAAGAAAGCCUGGGAAGAAAUGUCUUCCCAUACGGUAGUACCUCGGGUUAAGUACUUAAUUCGUUCCGGAGGUCCGUACUUAACCUGAAACUGUUCUUAACCUGAAGCACCAUUUUAGCUAACGGGGCCUCCCGCUGCUGCUGCGCUGCCGGAGCGCAAUUUCUGUUCUCAUCCUGAAGCAAAGUUCUUAACCUGAGGUAAUAUUUCUGGAUUAGCGGAGUCUGUUACCUGAAGCGUAUGUAACCUGAAGCGUAUGUAACCCGAGGUACCACUGUACUAGCAAAAUGUGCAAUGGUCCAUAAUAAUGGUCCUAGGUCCAAUUUCCUGGCAUUUUCAGUUCAAAGAAUCAGGGAGCAGGUGAUGGGAAAGAUCUGAGCCUGAAGCCAGGGAUAGCUGCUGUAAUGAUUUCUGGCAGGCAAGCAAGCCCACUAAGAAGUAAGGACUCUUCAGCAGUUUUAUGUAUGUUUGUUUACAAAAAGACACAUCCAGAGCAUGGCUUCUCGCCUGCUCGAAUUUACGAUAAUUGGUCGGUCUGACUUUUUGUCCCUCCCACAGCAGGAAGGAUGCCAAACUCCUCCCUUUCCCCUCUUGCCCUUCCGUUGCCAUCUGAUCUUAUCCAGACACCUACAAUAGGGACUGAGAGGCUGACCUCCCCCCUCCCCACUUUCACUUGACACAGACUCAGACCUCUGCUUAUCUGCUGAUUGCCUAGCAACGCUCUGGCUGCCUUCCAACUCUUCCUCUUCUUGAGAGCUAACAGAGUUUUCCCUGGGAAGGGAGGUUGAACUGCUCUUUUUUGACUCUGUCAGCCAGGUUUCAUCUGCAGAGGCAAUCUUACCUAAUUCCAGGCAUGCCAACUUGAAUAAAAUAUGGGGGUGGGGGCAGGUAAGCCCCACCCUGUAUAAUUGAUUACAUGAUGUAGCGCAUACACACCAUUUGAAUGGCGAUGCCCAUCAACUUUAGGGGUGGGGGUGGCGGCAGUGGCCCUCUCAAAUAUUUUAUUGAGAGAGCUGAAGGGACCUCGGUCUCUAGGAGUUGGCUCCUAUGCCUAAUCCAUAUUUUCUGAAACCAUAUGAAAUCCACUAUCUUUUGAAAUUUGAACACCUUCCAAUUUUCCAGUGCAACUCUCCAGCCACAUAUUGCAAUGUGUACAAAAAUGCAUAUACUGGGGUGAAGUGUGCCUAGAAAUGCAUAUAUUAGUCAAAAUAACAUACAAAAUGCAUUAUAUGGGGGAAAAUGGCUUCUCAGAUUUGUGUGUAUUAGGGGAAAUGCAUACUACAUGCGUAUAUUAGGGUAAAGCCACACUAAGCUGCUGCUGAAUUUUCAUAAGCACUUUUUUUUUUUUAAGGGAAAGUGAUGUGGAACUCUGAAGACUGGAAAAAUGAAAAAGAGAAAGAAGCCAAAAUUGACACAUUUGGUAAUUCCUACUGAAGACAUCCUCUGCUCAUUAAGCAGAAUCUUUGGUAUAAAAUAUGUAUAACAACUGGUUUUUGGAUCUAGUUCUUUAAAAUAUUCCUCAGUGGCUUUCUGCUAUUAGAUCCAACUGCUUUUAAGUGGAAGUCUGUCUCUGUGACUUGAAGAGUAGCUUCUUUUGCAAGUUUUGCAGAUUUAACCCACUGGGAAUUUCUGCACAACACACAGGAUAAUUUGGAGAUAAUUUGCUGUGAUUUGGGCAUCACAUUUUUUAUUCUUUAUGAUGCAGAUACAUAUCAUAUAGUGCCUUUCAUUUUUUAAAAACGUCAUCAGAUUAUGUAAAUGUUAAGUUUUAUUUGUUUUUAUUUUCCCUUGGAAAUGUACAGUGGCAGUUUGGGUUGACAGUCACAUUUACUGCUCUAAAUUGUCAUAGCAGGUUGACUCCACAAUAAAGUUUUGUUUGACUAAUACACAUAGCAAGUGCCUCAGAUAGAAGCUCAUCAUGUGCCUGGGAAACUGGAACACAAACAUAUGUGGGAAACUAACAGUGCUUUUUUUUCUUUAAAAAAAUAAAUGUUUAGGGGUAUUCUCAUUUUCCUACUCAUAUUGAAAUACUGCCCCUCAACGAGGCCAAACUUAGAUUCACAAAAUGUUUAGGGGUAAGCGUUCCCUUGCGUCCCCCCAGAAAAAAAUCACUGGACACUAAUAAUUUCAAAGAACACAGUUUAGAGCCAAAUGCAGAACACGCUCUGGUGUGCUCCAACUAUCUUUUCUGAAUUUUAUUCUGUUUCUCUAUUCCUUGAGACACAUUGCCAUCUAGUGGCAAUCACUGGUUGUUUUUUUGCACAAUAGUGUGAGAGAGUAGGCAAGUAAAUACAGUGGUCCCUCAGGUUAAGUACUUAAUUUGUUCCGGAGGUCCGUUCUUAAACUGAAAUUGUUCUUAACCUGAAGCACCACUUUAGCUAAUGGGGCCUCCUACUGCUGCUGCACCGCAGCUGCAUGAUUUCUGUUCUCAUUCUGAAGCAAAGUUGUUAACCCGAGGUACUAUUUCUGGGUUAGUGGAGUCUGUAACCUGAAGUGUAUGUAACCUGAAGCAUAUGUAACCUGAGGUACCACAGUAUUUGAAUUUCCAUGGCAAAACUAACCACCUUUCCAUCACUAUGAGUGGUCCCUGCUGUCACAAUUUAUAGUGUGGGCUGAUGCUACAAUCAUCAUACGUUACAGAAAAGUAAGCCCCACUGAAUUGUAUAGGGAUUGCUGCCUUAUAAGGUUGUACACAGGACUGCAGCUUGAAUUGCUUAGUCUUAAGGUGCCACGAAAGACUGUAAACAAAGGCUCCAUGAAUUUCCAGAGCUUUGGGAAAAGAUUAUUUUCUUCCCACAGCUUCCCUUCUGUGUCUUGUUUGCAGAAUGUGGAAUAAGGUGAAGGAAUCUAUCUCCAGUCUGACUGUCCCCAAUUCUGAUGGGUGGUGUGAAUUGCAGUAUAAAAUUGGUGGGCAAGGAAAUUAUUUCUUUGUUUGAAAUAUUAUUAUUAUUAUUAUUAUUAUUAUUAUUAUUAACAUUAUUUAUAGCCUGCUCUUCACUGAAUAUUUUCAAUCUCAGAGCAGGGAACGUAAAGGUAAAGGUAAAGGUACCCCUGAACAUUAGGUCCAGUCAUGGCCGACUCUGGGGUUGCGGCGCUCAUCUCGCUUUAUUGGCUGAGGGAACCGGCGUACAGCUUCCAGGUCAUGUGGCCAGCAUGACUAAGCCGCUUCUGGCGAACCAGAGCAGCGCACAUUUUAACCUGCUUUCAAACUGCUAGGUUGGCAGGAGCAGGGACCGAGCAACGGGAGCUCACGCCGUCGCGGGGAUUCAAACUGCCGACCUUCUGAUCGGCAAGCCCUAGGCUCUGUGGUUUAGACCACAGUGCCACCUGCAUCCCCAGAGCAGGGAACAAAAUAAUAAAAAUAAGCAGAGGAAAAAAGAACAGUAUAAAACAGUGACAAAAUCAUAUAAACAGGUCCAGGAAACAACGAAAUGAUAACUCUGUCAUAAAGUAAACAAGCAAAUCUAGAAUGUAAUUUUUUUUUUUUUUAAAUCAAGAUUUUCCCAUUUAACGAAACACUUAGGUAGAAACCAACGUAAGACAUUCACACAGAUGAAACCACCAAUGGCCUUAGCAACCGUUCCCAGCCUGGUUUUCCCUUAAGGCAGCCCACUCACUUGAUGUCAGGGACUGGCAGGGCUAUAAUAAGUGUGUGCCGGAGGCAAGGGGGCUGGAGACUGACUUGAGAGCCAGAACCAGUGAUUUGUGGGCUUCAGUGCCACCCCAGAGGCAGGAGCCAGGGCAAGGGGAGAGGUCAGAGCUGUCAGGGAUGGGGGCACAGGACAUGUUAGAGAAGCUGGAAGAGACUGAUCAGGUCAGAGGAGGGUUGGGAGAAGCUAAUGGGGGGGUGGGACUCCCAAGGCAAUCUGUCAUUGACUUUCAAUUCUGCUCUACAGCGCCGUCUGGUGUCACAUUUUUAUAGCACAUUUUUAAAGUUAUAAAUUGACCUGUGUAGCUGAGUCUUGGGUUGCGCCAGCCAUAAUGAAACAUUAAACAUUAAAAAUAACUUCUCUAUACAGGGCUGCCUUCAGAUGUCUUCUAAAGGUUGUAUAGUUACAUACCUUGUUGGCUUGUGAGUUGCUCAACUCCAUACCCUCCAACAUUUAUCUGAUGAAAAUAGGGAUGUCCUAAGGAAAAGCAGGACAUUCCUUGACAGAUUAGAGAACUGGGCCAAAACAAACAAGAUGAACUUUAACAGGGAGAAAUGUAAAGUAUUGCACUUGGGCAAAAAAAAAUGAGAGGCACAAAUACAAGAUGGGUGACACCUGGCUUGAGAGCAGUACAUGUGAAAAGGAUCUAGGAGUCUUGGUUGACCACAAACUUGACAUGAGCCAACAGUGUAACGCGGCAGCUAAAAAAGCCAAUGCAAUUCUGGGCUGCAGCAAUAGGAGUAUAGCAUCUAGAUCAAGGGAAGUAAUAGUGCCACUGUAUUCUGCUCUGGUCAGACCUCACCUGGAGUACUGUGUCCAGUUCUGGGCACCACAGUUCAAGAAGGACACUGACAAACUGGAACAUGUCCAGAGGAGGGCAACCAAAAUGGUCAAAGGCCUGGAAACGAUGCCUUAUGAGGAACGGCUAAGGGAGCUGGGCAUGUUUAGCCUGGAGAAGAGGAGGUUAAGGGGUGAUAUGAUAGCCAUGUUCAAAUAUAUAAAAGGAUGUCAUAUAGAGGAGGGAGAAAGGUUGUUUUCUGCUGCUCCAGAGAAGAGGACACGGAGCAAUGGAUCCAAACUACAAGAAAGAAGAUUCCACCUAAACAUUAGGAAGAACUUCCUGACAGUAAGAGCUGUUCGACAGUGGAAUUUGCUGCCAAGGAGUGUGGUGGAGUCUCCUUCUUUGGAGGUCUUUAAGCAGAGGCUUGACAACCAUACGUCAGGAGUGCUCUGAUGGUGUUUCCUGCUUGGCAGGGGGUUGGACUCGAUGGCCCUUGUGGUCUCUUCCAACUCUAUGAUUCUAGGUCUAGGGAUCAAAUAAGAAACCGGGAUGGCUUCUGUAAAUCCGGGACUGUCCCUGGAAAAAUAGGGACGCUUGGAGGCUCUGUUCUUUUUCCUGUGUUGUUUCCUCUACUGGAUUUGAAGCACCUGAAGAGGGAGGGGGAAACCAUCAUUUUUUUCUGCAGGGGUCACCAUGGUUGUUUCUGCUGGACACAAAUACAGGUGAUUUCAAAAGGAACAUAGGAAGCUGCCUGAUACCUGAUCAGACCAUUGUUCCAACUAGCUCAGCCUCAGCACGGACUGGCAAUGUUUCUCCGUGGUAUCAGUCAGGGAGACUUUCCCAGUCCUACCAGGAGAUACCAAGAAUUGAACUUGAGGCAUUCUUCCUGCAAAGCAGAACCAGGACCAUACAGCAAAAGGCUUUGCAGACAGGAAGAAAGCACUGUCAACAAGAAGGCUCAAGUCAAAUAGCAACGAUCGCCAUUUGACAGGCAUGUGAGAGAACCGAGCCAGAAAUUACAAAUCUGGCACAAGCCAUAAAAAUAUAUAAUAAUGAUGUCAAUAUGUAGAAACUGGAAAGACCGUAGAUGGAAGCUCAUUAGCCUCCCUCAAUCCAUCAGGUUAAUGAAGAACAUGGUCCAUAAAAUAUGCACUUGCCUGCUGCUAUAAAACACAACCCUCCGAUGUUUCCAGCUAAUAGAAUUAUUUUUCACAAUGCAAAUUAAUUGCUGUAAUUCUUCAUCUGUCUCUAGAAACAAGCCAAUGAGUUGUUAUGGAUUAGUAAGCAAACCCGUCCGAGUUCAGUCCUUUCGAAAGCAUCCCUCGGUAAGUCCACCUCUCUCCUUUCCACUGACAGCUAUCAAUCCUGGUGGGGUUCUUGACUCAACUCUGGCAAGGAGUAUUCCUGUGGAAACUGCACAUGACGUCUUUGUAGGAGUGCAAAUAUCCAGAGUGUGGGGUCAGGUGGGAUUACUAUGAGGAAUUAUAAAAUAUGCAUCAAGCCAUUGUGUCCACAAUGAAUGCAUUGUGUUGACUGGGUUUGAGACAUUGACAAUAAUUUAUUAUCAAAUCCCACAACCCUCUGCAUCUCUGGCCAUUUCCUCUACUGUCCAUUUCUCUUGCUUGACAAGUCACGUACUGCAGGCAGGCAUGCUGGGUCAUCAAAGACAAUGGGCAGUUUCUUUGAUGUAGCCUUUCUGAUAUGUUAAUCUUAGGAUGUUAAUCUUAGGGCCAGGAAACAGCUCUCACAUAAAGGUGAUAAUGAUCGCUGUCCUCCUGGCCAUCCUUCUUAUCAUGUGUAUUGAUUGUUUAUGACCUCCGGGGUUGCUGAAUGCACUCUUUUGUAGUUUUCAUUCAUUUACUCCAAAAGUAUGCAUGUUUAACUAGUGUUUGUAGUUUAACUUUGUUCCCACGUGGGGUUUGUUGAAAUGCUCAGAAGAAAUCUGAUUGGUUCUUAGAACACUCUGUAAAAAGUUCUUUUGUGAAUAAAACGACCUGGGCUGAGGGGUGGAGGGAUGCAGAGAUUAUUAUAUGCACCCUUCCCAGAGUUUUGCUGGUUCAAGCCUCUGUGUGUAUUCUUAUUAAUCAGAGUUCAAUCCUUCCUUUACUUUGGGAACGCCUCACGUCUUAUUCAGAGCCACCCCUCUGGCUCAUGAGAAAAUAUGCUGCCUGUAUAUUUCUGAGAGAGUGACUUGCUCUGUGGCUGCAUCCACACCAUACAUAUAGCAUCCCAGGAACUCUAGCUUACCCUGUAGCAAGGUUUUUGGUGGGGGUAAUUAGAAUUAGAUCUAUUAUUUGAUUAUUGAUGUAACCCCCCCAAAUGUAUUUUCUAUAGUUAUGUUUCCACCUCUAUCUUCAGUACAUUUUAUUUUAUUUUAUUGCUAUGGCUAGUGGCUGAUGCAAAUAAAGAUUCUUCUUCUCUAGCUUACCCCCAAAGCUACAAUUCCUGGCACCCUCGACAAACUACACUUCCCAGGUGUAUUUUUUUUUUGGGGGGGGGAGUACUGUACUUUAAAUAUGCUUUAAGUGUACGGCGUGUACACAAUUCCUUCUUGUCAGCAGAGAUCUUCCAGGAAGACCCACCUGAAUGUCGUGCCACUGGGAACUGUACGCUUGGUGAUACAGUGGAUUCCUGGCUCGGGAAAGACCUCCUGCCUAAAUUUCAGUGGACAUCCACACUGCUGGCCUUCAGCUGAAAAAACAUAAAAUCUGGCUGUUUUGUUCAGGCCUUUUUUUUUUUUAAUAUACUUUUCAGGUUUUACACUUCACUAAUUUUACCAUCAUUUUAAAAUUUCAAAACUUGACUUCCUUCCCCCCUCUUUCGGCAUUUCCUUAAAUUUAAACCUUCUGCAUAUUCAAAUUAACUUAAUUUGCUCAUUUAUUCUUCUUUAAAUAUACACUCUUAUCAAACUGCAGCCUAUUACAAUAAUCCUGCCAGUGUUCUUAUCUGUUUACAAUUUAUCUGUAAAUAUUCAAUGAACCAUUUCCAUUCUUUUGUUUAAAAAACUUGUCAUCUUUGAUUUCUUAUUCUUUUGGUAAGUUUUGCCAUUUCUGCAUAUUCCAUAAGUUUUUGCAUCAAUUCUUCCUUUGCUGGGACUUCUGCUUCUUCCCAUUGUUUUGUUCAGGCCUUUGGGCGCCCUUUGCAGCCGUCAUUUGAUACUACGACUAAAUAUGCUUUGUAUUCCUCAAGGAUACAUGUUUUAAACUGUGAGGACUUUGUUCUUUUAUUCAUGACUCCCCCGGGGAUCCAAGGCCGCAGGGCGAGGUAUAAAUAGCUUAAGCAAAACAAAAGAAAGCAAGAAAGCAAGAAAGCAGAUCUCCUCAGGAAACUGAAUUCUGGGCCACAGGUACUGUCAGGGCAGGGCUCUGAAGGCAGAAGGCCAGGCCCCUACUCAGUGCCGGAUUUCCAUAUACAGUGAUGCCCUGCAAGACGAAUGCCUCGCAAGACGAAAAACUCGCUAGACGAAAGAGUUUUCCGUUUUUUGAGUCGUUCUGCAAGACGAAUUUCCCUAUGGACUUGCUUCGCAAGACAAAACGUCUUGCGAGUUCUUGCGAGUUUGUUUCCUUUUUCUUAAAGCCGCUAAGCCGUUAAUAGCCGCUAAGCCGCUAAGCCGUUAAUAGCCGCUAAGCCACUAAGCCGCUAAGCCGCUAAUAGCCAUGCUUCGCAAGACGAAAAAACCGCAAGACGAAGAGACUCGCAGAAUGGAUUAAUUUCGUCUUGCGAGGCACCACUGCAAGCUAAACAAGCUAUAGUUUUUAUUUAUUUAUUAUUUAAAGGGGGGGGGACCCUGGAUGUACGUUUCCAAAAUAUAAGAUAAAAAAUAAAAUAAAACCUACAUAUAGCAACAGUGUUUUGUUUUGUUUUGUAGGCUCCUAUGAUGUAAGCAAUGGCCCCGCCUGCUAGCCUGCUCCCUUUUUUUAAAAAAUAAAUUUUUAUUGGUUUUCCAUACAAUUGUACAUUUUUAUCCAAAUUUCAACAAAUUGUCUCUUUCUGAACUUCCUUCAGCGUCUCUGAGAAUCAUCCAUAUUUUAUCUUUAAUUACACAUUCCCUUCUUUCGUAUUGCCAUUAAACUUCCCUUCCCCCACUAUUUCAUAUUAACAAUACUUCUCGAUUUUCACAGUGCCUCUUGAAAUCCCACUAAUGUUGUGUUCACAUCACAUACAUUUUUCAGAUAAUCUACAAACUUUCCCCAGUCUUCGAUGAACUUUUGGUCUUUGGUAUAUCUAAUUUUCCCAGUUAAUUUGUCCAGUUCUGCGUAAUCUAUCAGUUUCAGUCUCCAUUCCUCUAUCGUCGGUAUUUCCUCUUGUUUCCAUUUCUAGGCCAACAAUAUUCUGGCUGCCGUUACUGCAUACUGAAAGAGUUUACAGUCUUUUCUUCUUAUUUCUUUUCCUAAAAUCCCUAAAAGAAAAGCCUCCGGUUUUUUUACAAAAGUAUCAACCCAAGGAAGGCUACAGGGCCAGAUGGGGUAGCUGGAAGGGUAUUGAGAGACUGUGCAGAUCAACUAGCAGGAGUUUUCACUGGGAUUUUAAAUCGAUCCCUAGCCCAGGCUAUUGUUCCAUCCUGCCUAAAGUCCUCAAUAAUAAUAAUAAUAAUAAUAAUAAUAAUAAUUUAUUAUUUAUACCCCGCCCAUCUGGCUGGGCUUCCCCGGCCACUCUGGGUGGCUUCCAAAAGAAUAUUAAAAUACUAUAAUACAUCAAACAUUAAAAGCUUCCCGAAACAGGGCUGCCUUCAGAUGUCUUCUAAAAGCCUGGUAGUUGUUGUUCUCUUUGACAUCUGGUGGGGGGUGUUCCACAGGGAAGGCGCCACUACCGAGAAGGCCCUCUGCCUGGUUCCCUGUAACUUGGCUUCUCGCAGUGAGGGAACCGCCAGAAGGCCCUCAGUGCUGGACCUCAGUGUCCGGGUAGAACGAUGGGGGUGGAGACGCUCCUUCAGAUAUACUGGACCAAGGCCGUUUAGGGCUUUAAAGGUCAGCACCAACACUUUGAAUUGUGCUCGGAAACGUACUGGGAGCCAAUGUAGGUCUUUCAAGACCGGUGUUAUGUGGUCUCUGCGGCCGCUCCCAGUCACCAGUCUAGCUGCCGCGUUCUGGAUUAGUUGUAGUUUCCGGGUCACCUUCAAAGGUAGCCCCACGUAGAGCGCAUUGCAGUAAUCCAAGCGGGAGAUAACCAGAGCAUGCACCACUCUGGCGUUAUUAUCGUUCCAAUAGCAAAAAAAUCUAACCCGGAAGAUCUGAAUGAUUUUCGUCCAGUAGCACUCACACCUAUAAUCAUGAAGUGCUUUGAAAAGCUGGUACGAAAUUAUGUCAUUGCCUGCCUACCAGAGGGACUGGACACAUUCCAAUUUGCUUAUAAAAUGAAAAGAUCGACAGAGGACGCUGUUGCGAUUGCCCUCCAUGCCGUCCUUGCACAUUUGGAGGAGCGGGGGGGUUAUGCCAGACUGCUUUUUUUAGAUUUCAACUCAGCAUUUAAUACCAUUCUACCACAAUGUCUGAUGUCUAAACUGGAAGAUCUGGGGCUUCCGUUAUCACUUUGUGGGUGGAUAUUGGACUUUUUGUCAGACCACCCCCAGAGGGUUCGGUUGGGCCCUUAUACCUCUAAUAUGCUUAAGACUAACACAGGAACACCACAGGGAUGCGUACUCAGUCCGCUCCUUUAUAUUCUCUACACGUACGAUUGUGUCGCUACUCACCCUAAUAACAGGGUUGUUAAAUUUGCAGAUGACACAACCGUGAUUGGGCUCAUCCCUGAAAGGGAGGGUGAAACGGAUUAUAGAGAUGAGGUGGAGCGGCUGACAGAGUGGUGCAGAGCUAACAACUUGCUCAUAAAUACAAGGAAGACAAAGGAGCUUGUGGUGGACUUCAGGAGACAGAAGAGCAACGUCCAGCCACUUUUGAUUGAUGGGGUCUGUGUGGAGAGGGUAACAACGUUCAGAUUUUUGGGCUUGGAAUUACAAGAGAAUCUGUCCUGGAGUGUCAACACAAGGGGGCUUGUGAAGAAGGCGCAGCAGAGACUGUACUUUUUGAGAAUACUAAGGAAAAACCAUCUUCCGCAGAAACUGCUGCUUGCCUUCUAUCACUGUGCCAUUGAGAGCGUGCUUACUUAUGGCUUAUGUGUGUGGUACGGAAGCUGUACUACCCAGGACAGGAUGGGGUUGUGCAGGGUUGUUAAGGCAGCAGAGAGCAUUGUUGGCUGCCCACUCUCCACCUUAGAGCAGAUUUAUGCCACAAGGUGCCAUAGGAAGGCACUGGACAUAGUAAAAGAUCCAUCGCAUCCUGGUCACUGUCUCUUCGAGCUUUUGCCGUCGGGACGGAGAUACAGGACGAUGAAGACAAGAACGAGCCGUCUUAAGAACAGCUUCUUCUCCAGAGCGAUCUCCGCCCUGAAUGGGAAGCCCAGACUUUGAAAGUCAUCUAAUCUCCCUUGCUGUAUUAUACUGUAUUGUUUAAUUAGUGUUUUUAUGGAGCAGUCAAGUAAUUUCGUUGUCCCCGAAGGGGGCAAUGACAAUAAAGAUAUUAUUAUUAUUAUUAUUAUUAUUAUUAUUAUUAUUAUUAUAUCUUAACAUCUUUUUCAUUUCAUUGUAUAUCAUUUCCCAAAAGCUUUUCACUUUCUUACAUUCCCACCACACAUGAAAGAAUGUUCCCUCUUUUUCUUUACAUUUCCAACAUUUGUUGCACGUCUUAUACAUCUUUGCUAACUUUACUGGUGUAAUGUACCAUCUGUAAAACAUUUUCAUAACAUUUUCUUUCAGUGCCGUACAUGCAGUAAAUUUUAUAUUCUCUUUCCACAGUUUUUCCCACUCAUCGAAAUGUAUAUUGUACCCAAAAUCUUUGGCCCAUUGUAUCAUUACCGAUUUAACCUCUUCGUCUUUCGUAUACCAUUCCAACAAUAUCUUGUACAUUUUUGACAAAGUUUUACAAUCAUUGUUUAUUAUAUCUACCUGAAAUUUAGAAUCUUUUUCUACAUAACCUUUUUCUUUUAAAUCUUUUUUAAACAUUUCAUUUACUUGAAAAAAAUGCAACCAAUCAUAUACAUGAUCUUUCACUUGUUCAUAUGGUUUCAAUUUCCAUUUUCCUCCUUCUUUAAUUACCAAUUCUCCGUAUGUACUCCAUUUACCUCUCAUAUUAAUUUUCUUAACACUCAUAACCUCUAACGGAGAAAGCCAAUGUGGGAUUUUUGGUUCCAAUAUAUUUUUAUAUCUAUCCCAUAUUUCUAUUAAAGAACUCCUGAAAAUGUGGCAUCCAAAUCCUUUAUGAACUUUCUUCUUGUCACACCAUAGAUACGCAUGCCAGCCAAAUCUGUUAUCAAAACCUUCAAGGUCUAAUAGCUCCUUAUUUUCUAGUUUAAUCCAUUCUUUUAACCAACAUAGGCAAGCUGCUUCAUAAUAUAGUUUCAAAUCUGGCAGGGCGAAGCCACCUCUUUCUUUUGCAUCUGUCAAUAACUUAAAUUUUAUUCUUGGCUUCUUCCCCUGCCAGAUAUACCUUGAAAUCCCUCUUUGCCAUUCUUUAAAGAUUCCUAUACCCUUUAUAAUGGGUAUAGUCUGAAAUAAAAAUAACAUCUUUGGCAGCACGCUCAUCUUUAUCGUAGAGAUUCUUCCCCAGAAAGAUAAUUUCAUUCUACCCCACACCUCCAGGUCGUUCUUUAUUCCCUUCCAAACCGGUAUGUAGUUAUUUUGAUAUAAAUAAAUAUUUUUAGACGUUAACCAAAUUCCCAAAUAUUUUACCUUUUUCACCACCUCUAUCUCUGUUUGUUGCUGCAUUAUUUCAAUCUUACUUUGUUCCAUGUUUUUUACAAUCAUUUUGGUCUUAUUCUUAUUCAGUCUAAAUCUGGCUACCCUUCCAAAUUGUUCCAUCUCCUCCAAUACCUCUUUUACACUUUCUAUUGGUUCUUCAAUAGUCAUUACCAAAUCGUCGGCAAAGGCUUUAACUUUGUAUUCAUUCUGCCCUACUGUCACCCCUUUUAUUUGUUUGUUUUGUCUAAUCGCAUUUAAGAAGACUUCCAGAACCGUUAUGAAUAACAAUGGCGAAAGUGGACAACCUUGUCUUGUUCCUUUGGAUAUUUUUAUAUCUUCAGUAAUUACGCUGUUAACUAUCAAUUUUGCUCUCUGUUCUGUAUAGAUUGCCUUUAUACCAUUGAAAAAUUCUUUCCCCACCUCCAUAUAUUCUAAGUUUUUUAACAUAAACUCCCAUAUAAUAUUAUCAAAGGCCUUUUCAGCAUCCACAAACAUUAAAAUUGCUUGUUUAUCAUUCCUAGCAGUCAGAUAUUCUAAGACAUUAAUUAUAUUUCUUAUAUUAUCUUUCAUUUGUCUGCCUGGUAGGAAACCUGCUUGAUCUUUAUGUACAAGUCUUGUUAGUAUCUUUUUCAGCCUCUUCGCUAAAAUUCCCGCGAAAAUCUUAUAGUCCGUAUUCAAUAGUGAAAUAGGCCUAUAAUUUUUAACUUGAGUUAAAUCCGAAUCUUGUUUUGGGAUCAAUGUAAUAUAUGCUUCUUUCCAUGUUUCUGGAAUGUCUCUUUCUUUUAAAAUAUUAUUCAUAACUUCUAUUAGAGGGAUCAUCAACACGUCUUUCAUUUCUUUGUAAUAACUUGAUGUAAAUCCAUCAGGUCCCGGUGCUUUCCCUCUCGUCAACUCUUUUAUCACCUCUUUUACUUCUUCUUUUCCUAUUGGGGCAUUCAGCUGGUCUUUUUGUUCUGUCGGGAUCUUCUGCACCAUUUUAUCUCUUAAAUAUCUUUCUAUUUUCUUCAUAUUGUUCCUUUCUUUAUUUCUAUAUAAUUGUCUGUAAAAGUCCAAGAAUCCUUUCCUGAUUUCUUUCGGAUUAACUGUCUCUUCACCAUUUAUCCUGAUUUUAUUGAUUGUGCUCUGCUCCUUUCUCUUUUUAAGUUGCCACGCAAGCCAUUUUCCUGAUUUGUUUGCGAACUCAAAGUUUUUCUGCCUUAACCUUUUAAUAUUCCAUUCAACUUCCUUAUUUAUUAUCAUUGCAAAUUGGGUUUGAAGGGUCUUAAUUUCUUGCUUGAUUUUUAAAUUAUUUGGCUUUUUGAUCAAUUUUUGCUCAUUGUCCAUAAUCUGCUUUAAAAUUUCUUUUUUCCUUUUUUCCUUGUUUUUGUUCUUCAAUGAGUUCUGCUGGAUAAAAAAUCCUCUCAUAACUGCUUUGCUUGUGUCCCAAACUAUAUUCAUCUUGGUACCUUUAUUAGUAUUAUCCAUGAAAUAUUCGGAUAAUUUCUUUUGUGCUUUUUCUACGGUCUUCUGGUCAUCCAACAAAUAGUCAUUUAUUCUCCAUCUAAAGGUUCUUUCUUCAAAGCCUUUUAAUUCCAUUAUUAUUGGGUUGUGAUCUGAAAUUACUUUGGCUUGUAUUUCAAUUUGUUGGAUUCUUGGAGUCAAUUCAUUCGAUACCCAUAUUUGAUCUAUUCUUGACAUUGACUGAUUCAGUUCUGAAUAGUAAGUAAAUUGUUUCUCCAAUGGGUGUCUAAGUCUCCAAAUAUCAAUCAGGUUAUAAUUCUUAGUCAUCAUAAAAAAUGUCUUAGGCAAUUUCCCUUCUUUAUUCUUUACAUCCCUUAGUCUGUCCAUUUCCAAUGAAACCACCCCGUUCAUGUCUCCCAUUAUUAUAAUUUUCUGAUCCAUAUAUUCAAAUAGUUUUUCUUCCAAUACUUUAUAGAAAUCAGUUUUGUUUCCAUUUGGUGCAUAGAUCCUGACAAUUAUUGCUAGCCUGCUCCCUAAAAUAUCACUGGUUUGCUCAUUUCAACUAUUUGUUGUUGUUGUUUAGUUGUGUCCGACUCUUUGGGACUCCAUGGACCAGAGCAUGCCAGGCACUCCCGUCUUCCACUGCCUCCCGCAGUUUGGUCAAACUCAUGUUGGUAGCUUCAAGAACACUGCCCAACCAUCUCGUCCUCUGUCGUCCCCUUCUCCUUGUGCCCUCCAUCUUUCCCAACAUCAGGGUCUUUUCCAGGGAGUCUUCUCUUCUCAUGAGGUGGCCAAAGUAUUGGAGCCUCAGCUUCAGGAUCUGUCCUUCCAGUGAGCACUCAGGGCUGAUUUCCUUCAGAAUGGAUAGGUUUGAUCUUCUUGCAGUCCAUGGGACUCUCAAGAGUCUCCUCCAGCACCAUGAUUCAAAAGCAUUAAUUCUUCGGUGAUCAGCCUUCUUUAUGGUCCAGCUCUCACUUCUGUACAUCACUACUGGGAAAACCAUAGCUUUAGCUAUACGGACCUUUGUUGGCAAUUACUUUAACAAAAUACAUACUGUAUUUGGUUAUGUACAAAUGGCUCUAGAUACCUAUUAGGUUCAUAAAUUACCAUAUAGCAUAUGUUCAACAAAAAAAAAAAACCAGCGACAAUUUGUUGUUGACAAAGGACAGCUGGACAUACAUAAAGGGCCCCAUUGCCUUCAGUACCUUAGGGCCUCAUCAAACCUAAAUCUGGCCCUGGUCCUACUUGGCAGAAUGAGGAGGCCCUCAAAAUGUGUUAGGACAUGCAUGCCACAUUUUGAAAUAAAGUGAAGAAAUGGACAAUACCACCUCUAAAGAGUCUGUCCCCGUCCCCCUCCGCCAGCUGACUGUUAAGGUCUUGCCACCUGUCCUGUAUAACACAGGACAACGUCCUGUUUUGAUACAGUUUUGCCUUGUAAUGAUCUCUCCCAGCUAUUGACAAAAAGAAGAGGAGAAGCAGAGGAUUUCUUGCUCGAGAAGAAAGGAGGUCUUCAGUCCUUGUGAGGAAAAAAAAGCUGAACCGGACACCAGGAAUAUGUUCAGCAGGCAUCUGAUGUUGGGAUAAAGGAGUCAGGCAUAUGUGAGUUCUCUGGUGCUUUGUGUACGUUUGCAGGAUUAGGUACUUUGGUCUAUACAGUAUACAGUUAUAAUCCCAAGCGGAGCCAUUCUGGUUAUCUGAAUCUGAAUUCAGAAUAGGAAGAGGCUAUUCUGCGAAACCUGUAACCCUCCUGGUGUUGCUGGAGAACAGCUGCCAUCACAGCUAGCCAACAUGGUCCCUGGUGUGUGUUAUUAUUUGUUAAGUUGUGGGUGAACAUAUCAGACAACACAGCGAUUCUCCAAACAGCUCUUGUUUAUUCACAGGUCAGAACUGAACUGAACUGAAGGGUUCAGCCAGCCUGCUUAUAUAGAGCUCCAGUACAACGUAACUGUAACAACUUUCUGUAACUAUCCAAUCACUGAACGUCACUUUCGAUCCCUUAUUUGCAUAUGUGGACCUGAACUAUCUACAGUAUCCCCCUGCUGGCCCAGGGUGAGAACCUCAGUACAUAACAUUAUUAUUAUUAUUAGAAUUUAUAUACCGUCCUAUACCUGGAGGUCUCAGGGCGGUUCACAGAUGGGAGGGUUGCCAAGAGGAAGGUACUGAUGUACAGUGCCCACAGCCAGAACUGUCUUUCAAAACAUAAGGAAGUUUCUAGCUCUCCUUGAAAGAGAGGAAAGAAGCAAAAUGUUCUGGUAUCAUCUAAGCAAUUUCUGUGAGAUGAACUAACCUGGCUGCUUUCACCUUUCAGUGUUUUUGAGCAGGGAGUCAGAGCUGUGGUUGACAAGUGAGUUGUUUAGAAAUCAGAAUAUAGGAAUCCCUGGGCUCCUAAAGAGCUGCUGUUUCCCCCUCCUAUUCCGCCAACAUUUCUUUCCUGCUUCUGUCUCACUUUUCUAGUCCAGGGAGUCCCCGUGGAUUCACCUUCCUUUUCCCCCUAGUAACCAGGAUGAAUCUUUCUGGUGGUGGGUUUGUCAGAGAUCAGGUACUCCCUAGAAGUUAUUUUCUGCAAAUGCUACUACACAAUAAGUGCAGGUGGAACUUAAUGAAUCCUCAGUCUCCCAAAUGGCAAAUGCAAACGGUGAAAACUUUGCAAAGUGGCUUAGGCAGGUCUCCUGCAAGAGCUAAAGAUCAGGCACGUGCAAAGAAUUCACUGCAUAGUUAACUUAACGUACAAUGGUAUACAGCACGUCUGCCUCAUUUGUGUUUAAUGAGGCUUAGUCCCAGGUAGGUGGGUACAGGAUUUUGUAUAGGGCUGGCUUUGUGGGGAAAGCAGGGUUCUUCUGCCACAACUGGGUAUUCCAAGGAGAAAUUCAACAGGUUCAGUCUUUUCUAGUAUGGAAACAGAAUCACAGGGAAUGCUUUAUCCUUCUCAUUCUAUCUGUCAGACAUUUUAGUAUGUUUGUGGCCACUGAUUAAUUUUGUGGACCCUCCAAACUUCCUGCAAUAGAGGACAGACAUUUGCAUACGGCACAAAAUAUAUGCGAAGCUUAUGCAAAUCUGUCUCCUCCUUUGCAGGUGGAUUUGGAGGGCCCAAUCCACAGGCAGAGCCAAGGCACCAGAAAAUUCCUGGCCACAGGUUGUCCAUCUCUGCAGCGCUCCUGAAAGCCAUUCAAACCUAUUUAGAAAUACUGGCUUAACAGUCUUAGGCCUUUCAUCAGUUCAGCGUUUUUGCAAGUCGGCAACAAUUGCUGUGCAAAUGACGUGUGAAACAUUGUCGAAAAUGGAGAGCACAUUAGGAUGGGGGCUCAAUAUUAAUCUUGCAGACAGUGUGUGUAAUAGCAAAGGAUUUGAACUGUAAACUGAGCUGGGAGCUGAGGCAGAUGAUUCUAUUUAAAGGCUUUAGUUUUCCUUGUUUCUCCUUUCUUCCUCAUUUGCAGUGACAUUUCUAAUUGCACUAUUUGCUCUCAACUUGUCUGAUGUAUCUUAUUAUAUGCUUUAAUGAUUUUUAUACCCCAAAUUGUUAACUCCCGUAGAAUAAUAUCGGCAAUAUUUUACUCCCGAGAACAUUACCCAUGGCUGCUUAGUCGUGAGUGGAAAUCUUGCAUUUAAAAAAGAUUAAUUCACUUGGGGACAUUAACGGCAUCUGCCUUUAGAAUAAUUUAAGUCAUGUAAUGCUAUAAGUAUAGUUUUUGUGAUGAGUAGGGAUGAGAAUCACAUAAUCAUAGAAUUGCAGAGUCAUCUAGUCCAACCCUCCACAAUGCAGGAAUCUCAACUAAAGCAUCCAUGACUUCUGCUUAAAAACCUCCAGUAGAGUCCAAAGGAUCUUGCUGGAUGCCAGAGGAUGCCCAGUGAAGAUGAUUCCAGACCUGGGUGGGAGGCUGUUCAUGCAAUGAUCCUGUGGAUAGCUCAGUUGGUAGAGCAUGAAACUCUUAAUCUCAGGGUUGUGGGUUUGAGCCCCAUGUUGGGCAGAAAUUUCCUGCAUUGCAGGGGGUCGGACUAGAUGACCCUCGUGGUCUCUUCCAACUCUGCAAUUCUAUGAUUCUAUGCAACUCCUGUGCAAUGUCUAGCUCAGCCCUCAUGUCUUUCCAUAGCCUGCCGCCAGACAGCCUUUUAGCUGGAUUUCCCAAGGAAUUGAAAUUGGGACCCUUCAAGGGAUGUGGGUGAUGCUGUGGUCUAAACCACUGAGCCUCUUGGGCUUGCCGAUCAGAAGGUUGGUGGUUUGAAUCCCUGCAACGGGGUGAGCUCCUGUUGCUCUCUCCCAGCUCCUGCCAACCUAGCAGUUCGGAAUCAUGCCAGUGCAAGUAGAUAAAUAGGUACUGCUGCGGCAGGAAGGUAAACAGCAUUUCCGUGCGCUCUGGCUUCCAUCACGGUGUUCCAUUGCACCAGAAGCGGUUUAGUCAUGCUGGCCACAUGACCCGGAAAGCUGUCUGCGGGCAGACGCCGGCUCCCUUGGCCUGAAAGCAAGAUGAGCACCGCAACCUCAUAGUCGCCUUUGACUGCACUUAACCGUCCAGGGGUCCUUUACCUUUUUACAUACCUCAUACCCCAAGAGCGGUAUAGCAAAUCUCCUGUGUUCUCUGCCCGUUAAACCGCACAACUUGGAGUGGAUUGGAAGGAGGCUUGUUUGCCCUGUUCAAGAGGCAUCUGAGUGCUCUGCAAACAACUCAUCAGGCUGCCUUGUUCAUUUCAGUGAAAGGAGCUAAUCUGUGUGCACGUGGAUUUGAACAACAGGAUGUUCUCCCUCCGUGUGUUUGUGUGUGUGAAAGAGAAAGAGAGAGAAUCACAGCUUUGAAUCACAUCCACACCAUAUACAGCAGUACAGUCAUUUUGUUGUUGUUUAGUCAUUUAGUCAUGUCCGACUCUUCGUGACCCCAUGGACCAGAGCACGCCAGGCACUCCUGACUUCCACUCCCUCCCGCAGUUUGGUCAAACCAACGUUCAUAGCUUCAAGAACACUGUCCAACCAUCUCGUCCUCUGUUGUCCCCUUCUGCUUGUGCCCUCCAUCUUUCCCAACAUCAGGGUCUUUUCCAGGGAGUCUUCUCUUCUCAUGAGGUGGCCAGAGUAUUGGAGCCUCAGCUGGUUAAAGUCGCUUCAGGUUGAGCAUUUUGAAGUUACGCUGCGUGGCGACCCAGAAGUAACAGAACGUGCUACUUCCGGGUUUCGCCGCUCGCGCAUGCGCAGACGCUCAAAAUGACGCCACGCGCAUGGGCAGAAGCGGCAAAUUGUGACCUGCAGAUGCGGGUUGGGUUCUCCUCUGGAUGCAAACAGGGCUCCGGAACGGAUCCCGUUCGCAUCCAGAGGUACCACUGUACCUCUACUUACGGACACGAUCUGUUCCGGGGUGCUGUUUGCACCCCAAAAAGUCCGUAAGUAAAGCGCGGCUUCUGCGCGUGCGCGUGACACAGUAGAGCACUCCUGCGCAUGUGUGAAGUGCGCAGAAUACUUCUGCACGUGUGGCGAAACGUGGAAGUAUACACUUCUGGGUUUGCCACGUUCGCAACCCGAAAAUCCACAACAUGAACCUAACGCAACUAGAGGUAUGACUGUAUAGCAUAUAUAAGAUAGCAUGUGGCUUCCCCCCCAAAGAAUCCUGGGAGCUGUAGUUCACUAAGGAUGCUGGGAAUUGUAGCAUUUGAGGGGUGAGCUCAGUGCUUUUUUUCUGGGGGGGGGGACGCAUACCCCUAAACAUUUUGUGAAUCCCAAUUUGAACUAUAAAAUCACUAUGGUGAUUUUCUUGAGUGAAAAUGAGAGUACCCCUAAAUUUUUUUUUUUAGUAAAAAAGCACUGGGUGAACUACAUUUCCUAGGAUUCUUUUGGGGGUUGAAGUGUUUUUUAAUGUGGGUUAAACAUAUGUGGGCCUAUAUCUUUAUUUCUCAAGCGACUGCAGGCUUCCAGUGACUGCCCAGCACCCAAAGCCUGCAUAUUGUGGGGUCAUUUGACAGAGAAGCAUUGUUCAAUUGUCAAUGCCAUUGACAGUUUGUAAUCUGUGCAGUCCCCUAAAGGGAGGCUUUUCUGUUAUCUUGUUGAAGCCAUGCCUAGUACUUUCUCUGGUUUAUUGUUUUGCCGUUGCCUAUAGAUAUGCCAGUUUCCUUUCUAGAUCAGUUGCCAAAUGACUAUGCCACAAUUGGUGAAUGUCUAUUCUGAAAACGUAAAAGGAAUUGGAACAAGAAAAAUAGAGUAGCAUAUUAUUGUCUACAUCAUCGUUUUUACAGCCUCUGAACUCUUGUUUGUGCUUUUAUUGUCCCUUUAUGUGCCUAUCUUCAAGGAUGUAUCAUUGAUCUUUUGAAGAGGGGGAACCCCAUUUGGAAUUCUGCUAUCAUCCUUUUAUUGUGCUUUCAGGUACCAACUAGGGAUCUUCCAUGGUCCUUGUUCCCUGAGCACUGGGAAGGGGCGAUUUGAUUCAGUUUGCAUUUAAAGGCAAACUCACCAAAUUUUCCCUUUCCGAAACAAUAUGCGAACCAAAGCACAGCCAGCCUGUGAAAAUUGCACUUCCCUGUAUUCUGCAAUGCAAGGUAUGCAGCCAUGCAAUCUCCAGCCAUGCAAGGUAUGCAGAAAUGUACAAAUUAGGGUAAAGUGUGCAGAACAAUACAUAUAUUAAUAAAAUAACACAAAAAUGUAUUAAUUCAAAAAUGCAUUAAAAUUUAUUUCCAAAUUUUGUUUAUUAGGCAAAAAUUUCAUACAAAAAUGUGUCUAUUAGGAGAAAUUUGCAGUAAGAUGCCGACAGAUUUCCAUCACGAUGUAUUUAUUUAUAUUUUAAAUAAAUUGAUGCGAAAAAGUAGAGAACUGAUCUUAAGAGUGGUGAGAGCCAGUGUGGUGUAGUGGUUAAGAGUGGUAGACUCGUAAUCUGGUGAAUUGGGUUUGCGUCUCCACUCCUCCACAUGCAGCUGCUGGGUGGCCUUGGGCUAGUCACACUUCUCUGAAGUCUCUCAGCCCCACUCACCUCACAGAGUGUUUGUUGUCGGGGAGGAAGGAAAAGGAGAAUGUUAGCUGCUUGGAGACUUCUUCCGGUAGUGAUUAAGCGGGAUAUCAAAUCCAAACUCUUAUUCUUCUUCUGGGAAAAUACGAGAAACUGAGAUGGACAAAAACUAACAUAGAUAUACCUCUCCUUACUGGGAAGCUGAAGGCAAUUUUUUAUGGCAGGCUUCACCAACCUGGUGCUCUCCAAAUGCUAUGGGCUACAACUCCAGCCAACAUACCUGUACUGCCUGAGGGCUGAUGGGAGUUGUAGUUCAAAACUUGGCACUUGUGGCACAUUGCUUUGCAUGGGACAGGCCUCCCAAUGGGCAUUCUUACCCACAUUCCACAGGUUAAUAGCUUUUAGCGCAUAAGUAGAGCUGGAUCGAGGUCUCUUGUGUAAUCUAGAUCCACCUACCCCACAGAAGGCUACCUGAAUCCACCCAGGGGAAUUCAAGAGACAAAAAUGGAGCCUUUUGGUAAAUAUGCUUCGUUGUUCCAGUCCUGUCUUUUGAAUGGUAAAUACAUAAAAGAUAAUAAAGGGAAGAGGGGAAGAUGCUGCUGCUGUAAUUAAGUCUGGCAGAGUCUGGCUAAAAUCACAAAGGGAAUUCUAACUCCUCUGGAUACAGAACUUGUUUUAUUCACACUUCCUAGCUUUUAUGGGGGGAAGGCACUACAGUGGUACCUCGGGUUACAUACGCUUCAGGUUACAGACUCUGCUAACCCAGAAAUAGUGCUUCAGGUUAAGAACUUUGCUUCAGGAUGAGAACAGAAAUCGUGCUCUGGCAGCGUGGCGGCAGCGGGAGGCCCCAUUAGCUAAAGUGGUGCUUCAGGUUAAGAACAGUUUCAGGUUAAGAACAGACCUCCGGAACGAAUUAAGUACUUAACCCAAGGUACCACUGUAUUAAGAUUAAAUCAGCACCAUAGAGUUUGGAUCUCUCUCUCCCUUACCUUUUUUUUUUUAAAGCAACCAGUGCUUUUUCCCCUCUAAAAAAUGUUUAGGCGUACUCUCAUUUUCCUACUCAUAUUGAAAUACUGCUCCUCAAUGAGGCCAAACUUAUAUUCACAAAAUGUUUAGAGGUAUUUACACCCCUGCACACCCCCAGAAAAAAAAUACUGAAAGCAACAAUAACAAAACUAGGAACGUUUCCAGGCUUUGCACUCUAUGUUUUGCGGUUGCCAAAAUUAAGAAGAUGGCUGUUCAGCCCGGACACUGAGGUCCAGCUCCGAUGGCCUUCUGGCAGUUCCCUCACUGUGAGAACUGAAGCUACAGUGAACCAGGCAGAGGGCCUUCUCAGUAGUGGUGCCUACCCUGGUGGAAGGCCCCCCCUCUCAUAUCAAGGAAAUAAACAACUAUCCAACUUUUAUAAGACAUCUGAAGGCAGCCCUGUUUAGGGAAGUUUUUAAUGUUUGAAGUUUUAUUCUGUGUUUAGUGUUCUGCUGGGAGCUGCCCACAGUGGUGGGAGAAACCCAGCCAGAUGGGCGGGGCAUAAAUAAUAAAUUGUUGUUGUUGUUGUUGUUGUUAUCUUGUUUCAUGAUAGAGAUGUGCUAGCAAAACAAGAAGUCUGUGAGCAGGGAUGAAAUGAUUCCAUGGGCAGGAUGGACAAAAUUAUGCAUGCUGUAAUACUUUUGAUAUGCACAGCAGAAAAACAAAGCCUAAUGUAGCUUCAAGACUAGCAAUGAGUUAUCAUCUGAAGGACUAUGAUCCUGCAACAUAGUAUGCCGAGGCAGAUAUUUUUUUGCUGAAAAGGCAUCUCUUUCCGUUUAGGUGUGGUUGCUGGUCAAGGAUCAUGUUUGACCUUCCAACCCAGGGCAAGUGGAACAAAGGCUGCAGUGUGGGGUCCACCUGCUCAGGGCCGCAUCCAGCCUGCUCCAUUCCAUCUCCCUCCUCCAAAAGUUCCAUCCCCAGCUCCCCACCCCAAUAGCAGCUCAACGUUGCAUGGCCAUGCUCCAUCAAUGGCAUCGUGUCAGGCUUCAGGGAAUAUGAUCCCUCCCGCGGUAGCAGCCAAAAAGCAGAGAAAUAAUUAAAAGUUUUUACCACAUAAUUUUAAGGGGACGCGGGUGGCGCUGUGGGUUAAACCACAGAGCCUAGGACUUGCCGAUCAGAAGGUCGGCGGUUCGAAUCCCCGCGACGGGGUGAGCUUCUGUUGCUCGGUCCCUGCUCCUGCCAACCUAGCAGUUCGAAAGCACGUCAAAGUGCAAGUAGAUAAAUAGGUACCGCUCCAUCAGGAAGGUAAACAGCGUUUCCGUGUGCUGCUCUGGUUUGCCAGAAGCGGCUUAGUCAUGCUGGCCACAUGACCUGGAAGCUGUACGCCGGCUCCCUCGGCCAAUAAAGCUAGAUGAGUGCUGCAACCCCAGAGUCGGCCACGACUGGACCUAAUGGUCAGGGCUCCCUUUACCUUUACCACAUAAUUUAUUAAUAUUCACAGGACGAGACGAGGAAUGCAGUUUUCCCUGGAGAUUGGCGUUGCUCCAAGUAAUGUCCCACCCCCCUACACCUCUCCUAUUCUAUGUCACCCCUGUGUCAGCUAAUCUGAGCUUUCUGUUCUACUACCCUCAAUGCCCGCCUAGUUCUAGGAGAAGAGGGGUCAGGAAUGCUUUCCAAAGACACUGAGUCUGUCAGCUGUCUCUCCCCUGGUGCUUCUUCUUCUUCCUGCUGUUCCUCUCCCAUUAUUCCCCAGCUUCUUCCCUCUACAGCCGCUGAACUAUGGCCUUCUGCAAACCACUGUUCUAAAUCUAUACUGUCCUCCUGUUCUCAGGAAGGUUCAGGAAGCGGGGCUGGUCCCCACCAUUCUUCCCCAGUCCAAUCCCUGACACAUAGUGUUUGUGAGAGAGAUAGUGAUUGGCCCAAGAUCACUCAGUGAGCUUCAUGGCUGAGGGGGAAUUUGAACCCGGAUCUCCCAGGUCCUAGUUUGACACCCUAACCACUAUCCUGACCACCCUGGUGUAUUUAUUUAUUACUAGGUUUAUACGGCAGUCCAUCAACACAUGUUCCCUGCUUGGCUUACAGGGCAAGGAAUAAAAGACAGCAUAAAAAUCCCAGGGAAUAUUAAAAGCAACAGCAACAAAAAUAAAGUGCCUUUCUAAUCCACGCCAUUUUAGCAGCAAAUUAGUUUCGUUUUCUUGACUGAUUUUGAAAUUUGUGCCAAAAUAUUUAUUUCACUGCACUCAAACAAAUACUAAAAUAAGAUCUCAAUAAAACUUAAAAAUGUGCAUUUCUUUUAUUUAAAAAUAAUAUUUUUAAUAAGCAUGCCUCUUAAGUGGAUGCUUGGGUGCAACUCCCCCCCCCCCCAGCAGCUCACAUAGUGAUGUUAUGCCUGCUAGUCGUGAGUGGAGAGCAAUGGGUACCACACAGUCUGGAGGUAGUCCCUAUGCUUCUUUCCUAGUAGUUCAUAUUGCUCAGCAGCUAUUCUGUGACAUCACAGCAUCUCAGCCAAUGACUGCCAUGGCUUCGCAGACUGGCAGGAGGCUUUGCCCGCCUGGCACGCAUUACAUUAUAUUGUCCAAUCUCAUGUGCAUGUGGCCACCCAGAAAAUAUAUGAAAUCAAAGGGAUAAAAAUAUCCGGUGGCACCAGACACAUCAAAUUAAAGCAGUGGGGGUGGGCAGGGGGUGGGAGGGAGAGAUCAGAGCUCAUCUCUGCAUUGCCCCAAGGGGCAGUUCAUAUGGCUGCUUUUUGUUUAUAUUUGUUCGUGCCAUCCAUAAGGCGCACUGCUCAGCUCUCUCAUCCCUCGAGAGUCAUUUUGCCUUUGGUUGCCCUUGGGGGAGCCGUCUCUCAGCCUCAACUGCUGGGCUUCUCAGCAUGGGCUCUGGCAGCAAAAGCCAGGAUUUAUCCAUCGCAUUUCAAAGAACAGUAAAAGUACACCAGUGCCCGGAAUAACUAAUAUACUGUGCGGGGCCUGGGGAAUAUUUCUGCAGCCACGAGAUGGCAGCCGAAGCCCAGAGAGCGCUGACCUGCCGUGCCAGAGUUGCGUGUGCGUCUCUGCAGCAAAAAUGCACAACAUAAAUUAACACUCUGCUCCUUGAACUGCAAAGAUGGUCAUAAAAUAUAAAAUGGUGUAACAGCUGGAGAAAGGUACUCAUGUAGCAUGGGAUAUAAAAUAUGCAUAUAUUUGCCUAAAAGGUAUUCCUUUCUUUACAAAGCGCAGGGACAAAGGACUGUGCGUUGUUUAUGUGCAUUAUGAAGCCUUAACGGGUUUAAUAAUUUACAAAGGGUAACUUUCCUUGCCAUUUAUCUUCAUCCUUUUAAUACAGAAAGGAAGUGUGUGUGUGUGUGUGUGUGUGUGUGUGUGUGUGUGUGUUUGGCGGGGAGGUGGGAGAAGCGCAUUACAGUGUUACAUAUUUUAUCAUAAUUUCUGUGCCCGCUAUUUCCUGUAACACUGAUUUAAUAGUUUAGUUGAAAUUUUAGCACUUUCACUCAAAGCCACAUACUGUAAUUGCAUCUGAUUAUGUUUCAGUUUGGGGGGGGGAUUAAUUGCUGUAUCAAAAAACAAAACUAUUUGAGAGAUUUCUUGGCUGAGUUGUUUUGGAGUUCAGAAAUACACUUUCCCACCACAGCCGGUACUUAAGAAGACCCGUCGCACAACACUUCUGGGCUGUUGUUGGGAUUCUUUUGGGCUGUGAUCCCUAAGCACACUCCCUUGGAAUAAAGUUCACACCAAAUAACUACAGUAUGCUAAGCAAGUCAAAUAAAUCUGCAUCUUUGUUUCCCCCCUUAAAUCUGUUUCUUUCAGCUAAUCACCACGAUGGUUGCCAUAUGUCCCCUUUUUCCAGGGCAUGUCCUCUUUUUCAUGUGUAGAGUCGUCGUAGCAAUCCAUAUUUAAAAGUAAAGUAAAGGUAAAGGGACCCCUGACCAUUAGGUCCAGUAGUGACUGACUCUGGGGUUGUGGCGCUCAUCUCACUUUAUGGGUCGAGGGAGCCGGCGUACAGCUUCCGGGUCAUGUGGCCAGCAUGACUAAGCCACUUCUGGCAAACCAGAGCAGCGCACGGAAACGCCAUUUACCUUCCCACUGGAGUGGUACCUAUUUAUCUACUUGCACUUUGACGUGCUUUUGAACUGCUAGGUGGGCAGGAGCAGGGACCGAGCAGUGGGAGCUCACCCCGUUGCGGGGAUUCGAACCGCCGACCUUCUGAUCGGCAAGUCCAAGGCUCUAUGGUUUAACCCACAGCGCCACCCGUGUCCCUUAUAUUUAAAAGUAGAACUCGGCAAAUGUGUCCUCUGUUUUUGCUCUUCAAAAUAUGGCAACCCUAUUUGAAUCCCCAAACCUUGAUCACUAGAAGCAGAAAUACAACUCCACCCUGAUCUCAUUUCUGAGGUUCUGCCAAGUGUUGCCCUUGUUGUCUAACCACCUUAAAUGUGCCUUUUGCCCAAGGAAGUGGGCAUGGUUGAGAUUAUAGCCUUAGGGUCCUGGGUUCUGUAAAAUGCAUAUAGCUUUCGCUCUAGCAGACUCUCUCUCUCUCUCUCUCUCUCUCUCUCUCUCGUGUGUGUGUGUGUGUGUGUAGGGUCUGGGCUCUAAUCCCAACUGGACUAAGUUCCGGCAGAUGUAGACCCAUUUCACUAUGUUCAGCCUCAUUUUUUCCUUCGUCAUCUCCUAUUGGAAGCGGUUAGCAGAGAAGUUAAAAACCAUCAUCUGGAGCAGGACUCCGCUACAACAGCCAAGCUCGUUUUAUCCCUGACCCAUUAAGCUGGGAAGCCAGGCUGCUUCAUCUGUCGCUAAACUUGAGCUGCAGCUUUUGUCCCUAGAGAGGGGAUGCAUCAUUUAAUUUCUCUUAUGGUUCGGAAUAACUGGAAAUAUUUAUCGUACAAGUUAAUAAGCAUACCACUAGCUUGCAAGUUGAGAAUCAAGAAUGCACAAGCCCUUUCCAGAAAUCUUUAGAGGUAUUCAGCAUUGCACUUUUGGACUACAGUCCUAUGCAGGGAGUAAGCUCUGCUGAACUCUGGGGCUUCCAGACAACCCAUUUAUUGAGAAAUCAUCCAAAAUAGUUUGCAGGGACAUUAGGCGACAUUGACUAUUUGAUGAGCAGGCAUUCUGAUUUGUUUGUUUGUUGGUGGGUAUAUGUUGAUGCAUCAUAGAAUCAUAGACUUGGAAGGGUCCCCCAAAGGUCAUCCAAUCCAACCCCCUGCAAUGCAAGUGUUAUCACAUUUCCAGUGCGUUUCCCCAUCACUUUCCUUAUAGCACAAAGUCCAAUAUUUUGGGGAAGCAGGUUUAUUGCACAACAGCUCCAAAUCAACCUGAGUUUGCUGGUAUAUGAUUGAAUACCACCCCCAAACAAUGACAGUCCAUAAGUGCCCUUACUUCUAUGUAACUAUGCAUAUGCUUGAGCUGUGGUAUAAUUUUAGUUUCAAUUACAGUUGUCCACUGAUUAAAGAUUGUUUAAUUGGUACUGCAUUUUACUGAUUACUCAGUGAGUAAUUAAUUUAAAUAUAUUUGCAUAUUGCCAAAACCUCAAUAUAGGUGACACAGAAAGCCACAAACUUACAAUUUAGCAUACAAAAGCUACUACCAAUAAGAAUGAAAGGUCAUUUUUAAUAUACUUUUUUGUUCACUUUCAUUCCUAAUGAACAGUAGCCCACCAGAAUUAAUUCAUUUUGCUUUAACUGUUGUGUGCCAUAGGCCCCGUGGAGGAUCCACAAAAACCGAUUACAAAAUUAAAUCUGAGCAAAUACUAAUCAGAUUUGCCAUGCACUUCUAUUCAUGUCUAUUUAGAAGGAAGCCCCAGAGAGUUCAAUGGGACUUACUCUCAGGUAAGAUUGCAGCCUAGCAACCAUCUCUAGCAGUCACUGAACAGCAAGACCCCUGUAUAUGUAAUUGCUUUCCUUUAGCAAGAGUAAAAUGUCAUUUAAACAAAACAAAACAAAACAAAAGAUCCACAAGUUUUUAAUAGCUAUGGAAGAACAUUCUUAAUAAACUUUGCUUUGCUUCCAGUUCCAAUGAGUGCAGAAAAUAUUACUGGAUGCUACUCUUUGAUCCUUCCCAUUUAAUAAAAUAUUAAGUUUUUGAACAUCUGUGAGAAACAUCCUGCCUGACAGGGAGUGGAGUCAGUUGAUCUUCUCUUGCCUUCUGAUGCAAAGGGCAAUGCAAAAGUGAAGCAAAUCCUCCCACUAGUUCAGCUCCACAAAUGGAGAAGUUUAAGAGCACCGUGCAAACCAUUAUGUUGUUCCAGGUCCCAAGAAUUCACACAUUGUGAGAUUUAGAGCCCAUGGCGCUGUGGUCUAAACACCGAGCCUAGGGCUUGCUGAUCGGAAGGUAGGUGGUUCGAAUCCCUGCGAUGGGGUGAGCUCCCGUUGCUCGGUCCCAGCUCCUGCCAACCUAGCAGUUCGAAAGCACGUCAAAGUGCAAGUAGAUAAAUAGGUACCACUCUGGCGGGUAGGUAAACGGCGUUUUCGUGUGCUGCUCUAGUUUCACCGGAUGUGGCUUAGUCACGCUGGCCCCAUGAUGCGGAAAAACUGUCUGUUGUGGACAAAUGUCUGCUCCCUCGGCCAGUAAAGCAAGAUGAACGCUGCAAUCCCAGAGUCGUCUGCGACUGGACUUAACUGUCAGGGGUCCUUUACCUUUACCUUUACCUUUAGGCAUUGGCAGAAAGUGGUUCCAAUCAGUUACAGGAGAAUGGUUCUCAAGUUCGGAACAUAGGUAGUUGGGAUGUUCUGGGAUGCAUUGCCCUUGAAAGAGAAGGCAAAUAGUCUGAGAGUGCUUUUAGAUCUCUGGGAGUUCAAAUGGCCUCAGAAAGCGGCUCCCUUUUAUUAGCUUCUGCUAGUACUACAGGUAAAGCCAUUGAUAGACCGGGAUAGCCUUCCCAUGGUGACCAAUAUGCUGGGAAUCUCAUGGCGGGAUCACCGUAAUGCACUCUAUUUCCCCUUGAAAAUGGUUUUGAAGGUGCGCCAAGUGCAAAUUGUUGUAGCUAGGGAGCUGAGUGGAGCUGCCUACUGGGAUCAUAAAACACCGAUCCCACGGGCUUCCAGUUUUCCACAGAGGCAAAUUCAAUUUCAGUGCCACUGAAGCAAAGAUUCGUUAGCACUGAAACCAAAACACCCCUGAAAGAAGGGCCCUUAGCUCACAACCCUAAUGAAACAAAAUUGCCUUAAAAGUGUGCCGAAUGAUCAACUAAAGAUGAGCAGAACAAUCCAACACCCCCCCCCCCAUGCCUGAAGAGGGUUUGGAUUAUUGUUAAUAUUGUUAAUUUUAUCUAUGAAUCACUUCCCAUGAGGCACCCCAAAGUGACUAACAAUAAAAGGUACAGAAAACAGCUGAUAGAUUUAUCUACCAGUUUAAUCACUGAAGGUUUGAUAACCUCCAACAGAACUGGAGUUGCUCCUUGAAGCUGAUGAAGACCAAAAGAAAAGCUAAAAGUUAAAUAAAUCCUUAGGCCAGCUGUUGUCUGUUUAGGGGAUGAGUUGCUGAAAGCUACACAAAAAACUCUAAAUUGUUUUCUUAGGUGUAUUGUCUUAUCAAACGCUAAUGUUUUGUGUGAACUGUGUCUGGAACUAUGUAAAACCUGCUAAAUCCUCAGCAAUAUCACACCUUGGCUUGCCUGAGUCACAGUAACCCCCGCUUAUGUGUGCUCUAAUUUCUGACUGUUUGUAGAGGGGAUGUCCUUCUUCUCCGUACCAAAAUGCAAACCCUUAAAAGAGAUGUUUCUUCUUGGUUCUUGCUAGGAGGGAGGGAAGCCUGCUGCAACAGAAAAAUAAAGAUCUGCCUUGCUUUCACUGCAUCCUGCCUCCAUCUAUUCAUCUCUGGCAAAAGCCAACCACCUCUAUUUUUUUUUAUAUCACCACACAUUCUGGUCCUGAUUCUAAUGAGCCCCACACUGUGGUUGAUAUUUAGAAAAAGUAGGGAACCUAGGCAUUUCAAAAUGUCUGUUUUCACUCUGAUUUUGGAGAUAAGCAAAUUGCUUCCUCCAAAACACAGGACUCCUUCAAAUCCUGUACAUUUUGUGGGAUGUUUACAAUGCAGUCAAACCAACAACACAUGUUUGCUAGAUAGGCACAUGAUAGGAGCUGGAGCUCACGGAGUUUUCCUGUUGGUUUCCUAGAAAGAACGCUUGAGAGACACUCCCACCGUGUCCUGAUAGGGGAAGGGCGUGGCCAUCUGUAAGCUCCUCCCCUGGCUGGGCACUUCCUCUUUGCUCUUUCACUUAAUUCUAGCAAUUUAGAUUAGAACAUAUGCUAUGUAUCAGACACUAUUUUAAGCUAGAUUUUGAAACUGGAAUUACCAUUUUAAGCCUGCCUGAGCAAAACUGCUGUAUCUGCUCCUCUUCGACAAGUAUUCUGAGUGAGUAAAUGUUAUUUUUUACCUUUUACAAGGCUGUUUGUGUGAAUAUUAUUUUAAGGGAGAGAAAAGGGGGAAAUACCAAGAGAAUUCCUGACUCCCUUAAAACGUCCUGGAUUACUUUAACUCAAAGGUGAAAACUAGCCUGUCUAAGCUUCCAUUUUAAUCUGCAAAGGGAUCCAUUCUGCUGAACUCACAAACAUGAGGAAGGAUAUUAUUAUUAUUAUUAAUUGAAUUUAUAUACCUCCCUACACCCAGAGGUCUCAGGGCAGUUCAUAGGACAAAAUCAAAAUAUAAAACCACAAAAUAUAUAAUCAAAAUAAAAACAACAACCCAAUAACCUAAUAAAUAUGUCCUCUGCUAGCAUCUAUACACAUUGCUACCCAUUUUGGCUCCUCACUUAACUGAAAUAUAACAAUACAUAAUACUUCAGGUAAUGACUCCCAUCGCCCAAACCUUUGGAGAGUAGAUGGGUUGGUAGGUUAUAAAGUUCUUAAAACACCCAGACACCCUUUUCCCCAAAAGAAGACCGCCCUCUAAUCACAGUUGACCCCAUUAAAAGGAUGAAGCAUUUAGGAUCCUCUUUCUUUGGUUAUCAAGUUGGCGUCUAAUCUCGCAAUGUUUAGGAAUCGAAACCUCAUCUACAUUAUUGGAAGAAUGCUCCCUGCACAAAGGAGAUGUACUUUAAUAUUAAUGAAAUGUAAUGUGUAAUGCAAAUAUUUAAGAUAUCCUGGGGUGGUCUCCCAAUAGCGAACUGACGAUGAGGCGCACUCAUUUCAGCAGCUGCUUUGAAUAGGGAUGCCAAGAUUAAGUACACAAAUAUGUGCACAGGAGAGACGCCAUAACCUCUGCAAGAAAAAUGUUGCAGCACUGAAUGGGGGACUGGGGGAAAAUGUAAUUGCCUUGCGCAUGCAAAAGGAGAUUUAGCAACCCGGGGGCAUGUUUACGCGGCAGGCUGCCACGCUUCACGCUGGUAUAGUUCUGCUUUCUCAUUCCUAAAGCAUAUUUGUUUUCAGCUGUCUGUACCCUGCCUGCUCUUGAGUCUGGAUUUCCUUCUUCCUCAGCCUCGAGAAUUGACAAGAGGUAUAACUAAAUUGGGGAGAACAAUACAGGACUAAUGAUUUUUCUCUUUGUCAGAAGGGAUGAGAGGUGACUGAGCCGUGGCUGGGUGAAACUCCCAGCUUUUCAGGAUACAGUGGUUUUAAGCGUUUUGCCUCAAAUGCUGAAUAUCAGGUCUGCUCUAUACAAGGGCAAAUUAAGGGGAUUGGGAGCCCUGGUGAAGUUCCCUAAAUAGCCCUCCUUCCCUUCCCAAAAGGAACACAUGAGAUAAGGUAGUAAAGUCUUGGGGUAUCUCAAAGACUAACAAAUUCAUUAUGAUAUAAGCUUUCAUGGACAAGAAAUAGGAUGCUGAGCAUGUGCAGUUUUACAUUGCUCAGGAAAACACAAAUGAAAAGCAUUUCACUUAUCUUGUACCCCCAACUGUCGUGCUUUAAGUGGGACAUCCCAGAAUUACAGAAGCCACCUCGGCUUCUGAUUGGAUCCCCGGAUGUCCUCUUUUGGCUCUCCUGAGAGCGUGGUCUCAUUGGCAUCAAAUAUUUGAUCCUUUAACCAGAGCUAAGGGAUUGAUUCCUAAGGAAGUAUCUUAGGCCUGCAGGGACAGAGAGCUAUGCACACCUACCUGAGAGUAAGUCCCAUUAAACACAAAGAGGCUUAUUUCAGAGUUGACAUGCAUAGCAUUGUAAUGUAAGUUAACUAUAAGUUAAUUCUUAACGAGGACCCAAAAUUCAGCUCUUGCACUGCAGGAGGCAUGCCAAAGUCUCCUUGCAAAGUUUCCACAUUAUGUAUUUGUUCCAUGUCAUGAAAUGCUGCAGGGUUUCAUGCUUGUGUGUUUGUGUGUGUGUUUUUUUAAAAGGUUAUUUUGAAAUUAUAGGCUGCUGUAUUUUGAGAUGGUAUUGGGUUGCAAUAUUCUAAUUUUAUCGUAUCAUUGUGCUUUAAUAAACUUGAUUGAUGUUUUGAUUGUUUGGUGCUGGGGGUAUUUUUUAAAAGUAUUCAAGCAACUAAUAAAUACCACGCAUUUGAAAAGCACCACCACAAAUUAACUCCGGAGUACACUGCUGAUUGCACAUGAAAUGGGAAUUGGCCCUCUGUAUUAGCUGGCUUGAUUGCAAUAUCCCAGGGAGAGGGCAAUUUGUUUCACCGAUGGCAUUGUUGUUUGUGAACUUCUAAAUUGAGCCGGGAAACAAGUAACCAGCAUAGCCAGAACAAGAGCAGAGUUAUGUGCGCUGAUCACCGGGUCUCAGAAAACAGGGGUGGGUUUCAGGUCAGUGUUAGAAUGCAUGCUUUGCAUGCACAAGGUCUCCAGUCCAAUGCCUGCUGUUCAGACUCUUAUCUAAAAUCCUGGAGACCUGCUGUCAGUCGCUUUCAAGGACAUUGAGCUAGAUAGAUUAGACAUUAGUCAGUUGCUUAUGUUCCGGUAAGGUAUGUUCCAAUAUAACAGCCAAUGGUGUCCACAUUUUGGACCAAUUUGUUAAUGUACAGUGGUACCUCGGGUUACAUACGCUUCAGGUUACAGACUCCGCUAACCCAGAAAUAGUACCUCGGGUUAAGAACUUUGCUUCAGGAUGAGAACAGAAAGUGAGAGUGAGAGUGAGAUGUGAGAGUGAGUCAGCACAAUCUAAAGUAUAAACAUAAACGUAAACAUAACAAUAAUUUAUUUAUACAGUCAAACCUCGGUUGUCAAACGUAAUCCAUUCGGAAGCCCAUUCGACUUUCAAAAUGUUUUACAACUGAGGCGCGGCUUCCAAUUGGUUGCAAGAGCUUUCUGCACUCAAGCGGAAGCCUUGUCGGACGUUGGGCUUCCAAAAACAUUCAAAACCAGAGCGUUUACUUCGGAUUUUCAGCUUUUGGGAGCCGAAAUGUUCGAAAAUGGAGCCAUUAGGGAACUGAGGUUUGACUGUACCCCGCCCAUCUGGCUGGGUUUCCCCAGCCGCUCUGGGCGGCUCCCAACAGAACACUAAAAACAGAAUAAAAUUUCGAACAUUAAAAACUUCCCUAAACAGGGCUGCCUUCAGAUGUCUUCUAAAAGUCGGAUAGUUGUUUAUUUCCUUGACAUUUGAUGGGAGGGUGUUCCACAGGGCGGGCGCCAUUACUGAGAAGGCCCUCUGCCUGGUUCCAUGUAACCUCACUUCUCGCAGUGAGGGAACCACCAGAAGGCCCUCGGAGCUGGGCCUCAGUGUGUUUGAAGCAAGUUUGCUGUUGGCCAGAGCCUAGUUUGUGUUGGGACACUGCAAGGAGACCAUAUUAAAAGACUAUAUAUGACAACUGUAUGUAACUGCUAAGCUGUGGAGCUGCAUCUUACUGUUACUAAGGGGACUGACCCUACCGCGAACUGUCUGGUGUUUUUCUGUUCCAUUGGUACACUCUGCUGGCGUGUUGAACGGGUACUCUGUUCAUGCCCCAACAGUUUCUGAAUUCAAGACAGCCCCAGGUAGAGAGUACUGCAGCAAUCUAGCCAGGAAAGUAACUUGCGCACAACUGACAGAUGCCCAGUCUGUCCUUUCAAGGAAAUACUGCCAAUUCUUAGCUGCAAAUGGCACCAAGAGUGCUUUCUACCAGCUCCAGCUGGUUCAAUAGCUUCAAAUCAUCACCCUUGCUUCUUUUCCAUGUCUAUAUGUCAGGCAUAGGCAAACUCGGCCCACCAGAUGUUUUGGGACUACAACUCCCAUCAUCCCUAGCUAACAGGACCAGUGAUCAGGGAUGAUGGGAAUUGUAGUCUCAAAACAUCUGGAGGGCCGAGUUUGCCUAUGCCUGCUAUAUGUCUUGGCCGUAGUGAUUGUUGCUUGUUGGGACUGGUAGUGUAGGAGGCCAACAGUAGGUGGAGACAGAGAUAAUAACUGGAAGGGCCAACUAAUACUAGAUUUGUCCCUAUCCUCCUUCCUGUUGAGUUCUGCAGGGGCAGCACAGAGACUGAGGGGGAAGCUAUGUGCUGGCUGCGAGGACUGACUGAGGAUAGACAGAGCUUAGUGGCGCCUUUCAACCUAAUGGACCGCAUCUUGGCAAUUUGAGGCAGAAAAGCAGUGAAGGUUUCGUGUGCAGACGACACCCCCCCCGACUUUCCCCUUCCAAAGCUGACUUUCCUCGCUUGUAGGGCUCCUAUUACACCCCCAUAUGUUUUAACAAAGAGUUCCACCCUUCAACCUGGUGAAAUGUUAAAAAAUUAACGUGCAAACUACAGUUCUACAACACCACCUUCCGUCCUCUGAAAAAUGAUCACCUGUACACAGCCAAUAAAAAUACGAGGUCCUAGCAUAUUUUUCUUAUCCUGCCAAUCCCACGGCCCUGAUGCCUGUGACAGUACAGACCACACGUCACGAGUUUUCCUGCUAGGCUGGUUAUGAGAUUUCCCAGCGCCGUUUGCAUUCAUUUAAAAAUCGCAUUUAUAUCUGACUUUUCCUUUGACGUUCCCAGGCGGUCUCCUGUUCAGUUACCAGGCAAGGCCAGUUCUUUCAGGGAUGGCACUCUUAUUCGUUGCUAUAGGACCGUUUUCGAGGAAUGGUUCUUUGGAGUAAUUGGAACCAGCAUUCCACAUGUGAGAGAGUGAGAGGGGUGCUAUUUGCCACCCUCAUAGCAACAAGUUCAAAUGCAGCCUUUUUUGAUCCAUUCACUUCCACUGCUCCCCCCCACCCCCACCCCCGAAUGACCAUAGAUCAUUUAGGUUAACAAAUCUCUGCAGCAUUUCAGCCCUGACGCUUAAUGGCAUUAUUCGAAGCAGCACUUGAUUUAAGAUUUGAACUUUUGUAGCAAUUCUUUCUACUGCCAAUGAAUUUCCACAUUUCUAAUAAAAUGAAUAUGACUUUUGCCUCUGGUCAUGUAGUAAAUCCAUACUCUCCUGCAGUCGUGUAGUAAAUCCAUACUUUCCUGGGCUGUAGAAUUAGCCACCUCAUGCUUCUUCCCCCCAUUAAAGAUUGAGCUUAAAUCAUGUUGUGCCUUAGAAUGUUUUCUUGGAUGACUUGAUCCAUUUCGGUGCCACAUGCAGGAAUUGUACGGGGAAUUAUUUUAUUUAAGAUGACAUGAUUGAUGGAGAAAAUGUUGGAUUCGUUCCGGCAGUUAUAUGUAUUUGCUCUGCAGGUGCUUGUGGCACACCCUGUUUUAGAGCUACGGAGAUAGAUUUGUUCUGUCUUUGUCCUCGGCGAAUAUAGUUUGGUGGAGCUGACUAAAGCCGAUGUCAGGGCCAGCCCUAAACAUUUUUCCACCUGAGGUGAAGAACAAAGCAAUGGCCACCCUUUUCACAUACACAGAAGCUGUCUAAGAUGGCAGCUGAAUCUUAUUUCAGUGCUGGUAAGCAACUAGGGGGAGGACUGUCCCUCUUGUUGCACAGCUUUUGCCACCUGAGGAAGUUGUCACACUCUGCCUAAUGGUAGGGCCAGCCCUGACUGGUUUGUGAAUAGACAGACUCAUGAAUAGUCAUUCCAGAAUUAUCAGCAGUGUUGAAGAGGAUUCUGGAAUGUACACUCAAUAUGUGCAGGGAAGUUUUCCAUUGUCUAGUGCUUUGGUCCCAGGAUAAAGUCUGAAGGCAUCCGGGAUCAUCAUCUUGCUGAAGCUAAGCAGGUCUGGCCAGUGUCUGUAUGGGUGCCUGCCUGGUAACCAUAUAUAUAUGCCAUCAUGGGUUCCAUGAUGGAUGAGAGGAGGUAUAUAAAUGUAAGGAAAUAAAUACAACAGUGGCUUUAAGAAUCUUGAGCUGGCCCAUUUUGGUGUAUACCUAUGACAUUUUUGUGGCUGUACUCAGUAGUGUACAUUAGAUAGCUGGAAGUACCUCUGGAGAGGUGGGUAUACUGGACCAUCACAAUGCUGGUAAAUUGCUGAAUGUGGUUCAUAUUGUAGAAUGCCUUGUUAAGAUAGUUCUCCUUGGUGACGGUAGCAGUGAUGAAUGAUAGGAACUCAAGUCAGGAGUCCCUGCGAGGACCAAGACAAUCACAAAGGAUUUGUGGCUCAAUGUUUUUCUUAGUUCUGGCAUUAUUUUGUAAACUGAAAAGGCUUUUCGAGAAGAAAACAUCCAAGUUUUUAAUUAAAACGCUUAGUCUAGAGAGUUUAAUGAAGCACUGGGUACUGAUCUAACCUUUUAUUCAAAACAGGCUCAAUUACUUCUCAAUUAAGAGACCCUUUCAACAGUUGUUUUUGUUUGGCUAACCCCAAAUUAAAAGUCUCACAGUGUAAUAUAGUAGGUGGUGAUUCUAAUCUGCUUUCUGUAGCUCUCCAUCACAAAUAAUUUGAACUGAGCCUCAUGUGUUUGCAUGUUCAGCAGUACCCGUGCUUUACGGCAGAACACUUGAUGCCAGUCUAACUCGGUCCAAGCAGUUUUAGAGCAGCUUUGCAGUACUUGGAUUCAGUUAUUAUACAAACUGCUUUCAGGCUGUAGAUUCCAGAGAUCUAUGCCCAAAGGACAAGCUGGAAUAAGCACAGUAUUUGUUGUUUUGCACUGCAUCAGCCUGAGAGUGGUAUCCAACGUCAGUCCUACUUUUGUCUGCAAUGCCUAUCUUCUAUGGUUACCAGUUGACAGGAAUUACAUGUGAGGAGAGGGAUGUUGCACUCAGAUUCUGCUUUGGGGCUUCCCAAGGGCAGGGGCGUAGCAUGGUUGCUGGCACCUGGGGCGGGGCAAGUUCUGCGGAUGGGCAGUGGUCAGUCCCUUCACCAAGGGAGUCUCUCCUUGCAAAUCACUGUGUCACCUUGCCCUCCUGUCCUUGUAGCGAGGUGGUCUGGGCAAUGCACGUGGUUCCAGCAGUGCUUUCCUGCCUUCCUCUUCCUCCUUUGCUCCUCAGUGGGCAGUGGUAGCACCCUCACCCUCCAUCUCGGCAGGCCAGGGGUGUGGGAGUCCCUUUGCCGGCCACAAGGAGGAGGAGGCAGUGCUGUUGUGGGAUGUAAUCCACUGGGAGCAGUCAGAUACAACAUUCCUUGUUUUGCUAGAGUGGACAUGCAAGGGAAUGUUUGGUCCAGCCAGUCGAAACUUCCUGUUCCUCCUGGCCUGGAGCAUCCUUCCUUGCAUGUGACUAGUGGGUGGGCAUUACCUUUCCAGACCUGGUAAAAGGCCAAGGCAUGCUGCCACUCUCUCUUUUCCAUCUUCCUUUUGUCCUGUGAACUGCUAGCCUGCAGUCACUAGGUAAAGCUCCCUUAUGGGGUAAACCUGUUUGUAUACGUUUGAAACUUUAAGCCUAAAAUCUGCCUUCAGGGAUCACACUGUGCUCUGCCUGAUCGUGAGUAAACUUUCUUUUUGUUGCUUAUGAGUAAGACUGUGGUGUCUUUAUUCUUUUAGGAGGAAUUCAAGGGGUCUUACCAGGAAAAUAUUAGAACACAUUUCAAUCUGGACAAGCCAGAUUGAAUUGCGUUUUGUCUUAAGAAACUCACACGAGUUUGCAACUAGUUUUCUGCUGUGUAAAGGGGAAUGCACUCUGCUAAGUGAACGAACUUGCUAACGCAAGUUAGGAAGGAUAUUAAUAAACAAUAUAUCCUCUCCUGACACCCUGAACAUUCCCACAGCUGUCCCAUCCCCAAAGGCCCGGCCUGGGUGCGACUUGCCUCUCCGCAGCUCUGGCCUUGAGGAGGGAGCCUGUCGUAAGGGCACCUGCUGGUGCCCCCUCAUAAAUUUGUGCCCGGGGCCAUGGCCCCCCUGCCCUCCCCACGCUAUGCCACUGCCCAUAGACAUCUGGUUGGCCACUAAGAACAGGAUGGUGGACUAGAUGGGCGAUUUAACUGAUCCGGCAGGCUCUUCCUAUGUGCAACCCAUCCACCCAUUAAAUGCUCUUAUUUGUGAGUUAAACUCAUCAACUUUGAUGCCUCACUGCAGUCUGUGAAUGAAGUCAGAAAGGAUGUUAAUAUGAAGACCUGAACUAGCAAGAGGAUAGUCAUGGGCAUUCUGACCACAAAUGCAGAACGGGGGAUAAUAUUUUGGGCAAUGAUGCUAGGAAAGGCUUUAUAGUAGAAUCACACUUGAUGUUCCUCCUUUUCUAUUUUGUCUGCCUCAGGAUUUCCCAAACAUUUCCUAAAAAAAAAUCAUUAAUUUUUUUAAUAAAGUGAAAGUCUCAGUGCAUUAAAGAAAAAAGGGAGAAAGAAACAGAACAGAUGCUCAUGACGGUCAAGCUGACUCAUUCAAAAACUUACAGGGCAGUAAGCCUUGUGUAACCCCAGGAGCCCUUUUUUGGAACAAGAAAAAGACCUUUGAAAAUGUGCACCAAGAAACACCAGAUAUUGUUUGAAAGUGCUUAUGGAAGCUGGCAGGGCCUUUUUCAUUAUUUCCCUGGCACUCUUCGUUUCCUUUUGGAUACUAACUUCUUGGUACAUUAGCUUUUUUACAUGUGAUUUCAUCCAAGUAUUUUAUUGUUUGGGUUUGUAUAAAACUCCUGUCUUUUGGAUAAAUAGGAACUGCAAUUUUAAAAGCUUAAAUAGUACGUACACCCAAUUAAGAUCCCCUCUUUUAACUGAGCAGCUUUGUUGCCCUGAAAUUCGUCAGAAAAUUAUUUCUCAAGAAAUGGUCUAAUUUUCUGAGAAUCUUCUUUUUUGAGCUCCCCUCUAACUGUUGCAGAAUAUCGCCCACUGUCUUCCCAAUUUCAUCUCCUGUUACUUGGAUGGAGAAUUUUGGAUCAAACCCAAUGUAGUUUAUGUAGUUCGUUGAUUGAAGCAACAGACUUGGCUCCUAUCCUUUCUAGUUCUCAGCCUGAGGAGGAGAGCUGCAUUUCUUUGUGGACAACCUUCAAAGGAACACGUUUAAGUGAUGGGUAGAGCCUGGGGGAAGGGGAAUGAGUGGGUCAGUGUAUGUGACUCCUACCCUAACUGUACAACUACACAAAAGUCAGCGGAGUCUGUACACACAUACACACCCUGCUCCCUCGAGGCAACUAAGGGGCUUUAUCACAGUUCAAGGACAGAUUCCAGAGAGGCAAAAUCACUCAAGGAGGGUUUGGAGCAGUCAGUGGAGAGUAAUAAGAAGAAGAGUUUGGAUUUGAUAUCCCGCUUUAUCACUACCCAAAGGAGUCUCAAAGCGGGUAACAUUCUCCUUUCCCUUCCUCCCCCACAACAAACACUCUGUGAGGUGAGUGGGGCUGAGAGGCUUCAAGGAAGUGUGACUAGCCCAAGGUUACCCAGCAGCUGCAUGUGGAGGAGCGGAGACGUGAACCCGGUUCACCAGAUUACGAGUCUACCGCUCUUAACCACUGCACCACACUGGCUCUAAGGGCUGGAUAGAAAGGCACCCUACCCUUGUCUUGCUCCAUUUCUUCCUUCCUUCACAUCUCCACCCCACAAAGUGAAUCAACAACAUUGUGUCAUUCAGUGAGUGAGCCAAAACUAAGCAGAAGAAAAUCUCCAAAUACUUUUUCUAGAAAAUUGCUUUUCCAGAAUGUUGGGUCAUUCACCCUCCUGGAAAAUAUUCAGUGAACCUCCCCCCUUUUAAAUUUCUGUAAACGAUGCUGUUUUUUCUAGGAAAAGAGAUGCCACAACUCACCAUGAACUCCUCCCUUGUUCUCUUAUAAUGGCAAUGGAGCCCACCAGAGAGAAGUCAGAAUUGAGUUCCGGCUGAAAAAAAGCCCUGUCUGUAAAUAGGAUGAAGGAUUUCCGGAAGGAAUACCCAUCUUCAGAGGAGACAAUAUAUUGUGCUUCUGAGUGACAGUGUUUUGGAGUCCUAUUCCAGCCAUAGUUCUUAGUCGUAUGAAGAAGCCCAUGUGUAUUCAGUCUAAUAUGUGUAGAUACAGUGGUGCCCUGCAAGACGAAUGCCUCGCAAGACGGAAAACCCGCUAGACGAAAGGGUUUUCCGUUUUUGAGUUGCUUCGCAGGACGAAUUUCCCCAUGGGCUUGCUUCGCAAGACGAAAAUGUCUUGCAAGUCUUGAGAUUUUUUUUUCGCUUUUCGCCCCCUUUAUCUAAUCUGCUAAGCCUUUAAUAGCCUUUUAGCAGCUAAUCCGCUAAGCCUUUAAGCCUUUAAUAGCCGCUAAACCGCUAAUAGCGCUAAUCCGUUAAGCCGCUAAUAGGGUUGCUUCGCAAGACGAAAAAACCGCUAGACGAAGACUCUCGCGGAACGGAUUAAUUUCAUCUUGCGAGGCACCACUGUACCUCCUUCAGACUUUCUGCCCAACAAACAAAGGUCCGGAGGUGGAGUUGAUGGGCAUGGGAAUGAUGAAGAUUAGGGCAAGCACUGAAACACAGUGGGGUGGGUGGGGGUGGAGAGGACCCUCUGAAAGGGGCCCCAGAACAAUGCCAAACUCAGAAGCAUAGUCUGGAAUAAUAUCCAAGUGCCGGGCUUUGGGAAAUUGGCUUCUUUCCCCAUGGCAAUAAAUAAGUAGAUCAAACGAAAGGAACGUCGUACCGGUUAGAUUCUUUAAUAACCAUAGUGAGAGACAAAAGAUUGCGUCUUGCUAGAAAUGGUGGUGCUCCCAGUUAAGGCUCACUCCCCCCUCUAUUAAUCCAUAUCACUCCUAUGUCUUGUAAUCUGAGCUUGUACCCUCUGCGCUUUCUGUUCUGAGACUUUCUGAGCUAUUCUCGACCUUGGGAAGGGCAGUGGAGGAAUGCUGUCCAACGACUGUGAAUCUGUUAACCCUCUCUCUUCCAGUGUUUCUUCUUUUUCUAGCUGUUCCCCAUCCAGUAUUUCCCAGCUUCUGCCUUCUGAACUAUGCCCCUCUUCAAACCACUGUUUCAAAUCUACGCUGUCCUCCAGUUCCUGGGAAGAUUCAGGAUCAGGGGGAGGGGGGUGGCUCCCACCAUUCCUCCUUAGUGCAGCCUUCCUCAGCACGGUCCCUGACACCAAGGAAGGCGGGUGUUAAGGGUUGAACAGAAGCCAUCUGCCAAAAUUAUUGCCCUAUUUGCAAGUGAGCACAAUGUCCAGGGGUGUUGGAGGUGGGACCACCAUGCAUGGAACGAAGCUGUGAGCAGUUCUCCUUGCUCUCUACAUACAGUUGGCAUGUGUCUGUUUCGAGAGACAAUGGAGUAAUGCACCACCGGGGGGGGGGUGUGAGUUACAGCACCUGCUGUGGCUGUAGAGACCAAUACGGAAGAGACAUGUUUUGUUGCAGCUGGGGCAGAGGAAGGCAUCCAGUUCUGCUGCUGCAGAUGUACCGUGGUGUUUCUUCUCUGCAUUCCUCCCAGAGGUCAUUACUUCUUUUGUCACUGUGGGUGGCGCUGUGGGUUAAACCACAGAGCCUAGGACUUGCCAAUCAGAAGGUCGGCGGUUCGAAUCCCCGCCACAGAGUGAGCUCCCGUUGCUCGGUCCCUGCUCCUGCCAACCUAGCAGUUCGAAAGCACCCCAAAAUGUGCAAGUAGAUAAAUAGAUGCCGUUCUGGUGGGAAGGUAAAUGGCGUUUCCGUGCGCUGCUCUGGUUCGCCAGAAGCGGCUUAGUCAUGCUGGCCACAUGACCUGGAAGCUGUACGCCGGCUCCGUUGACCAAUAAAGCGAGAUGAGCACUGCAACCCCCGAGUCAUCCAUGACUGGACCUAAUGGUCAGGGGUCCCUUUACCUUUACCUUUAUGGAUGCACAACCUGACCGUCUGUCUCCAAACACUGUGGUUGUCUGCAAGGGAUUUCCGCACGGCGAGGUUGAUGUUGCCCGCGUUCAUGUCAUGCUUGCAGACACCUUUGUAACACAGAGUUGGUCUGCCAACGGGCCUGGUGCCUGAAGCCAGCUCCCCAUAGAGCAUGUCCUGGGGCAUCCUGCCCUCUUCCAUGCUUUCUACAUAAGGAGUGGUGAAACGGUACCAAGUGCAUCAAAUGCAGAGUUGUGGCACUGUUACCCUCCCCUCGAGGAGGCUGGCUGAUUGGAAGGAGGCAAAACUAGAGCGGUAAAUCAUGCAGAAAUUCAGUGGACAGGCUCUUCUACAGGUGAGUGCCUUGGACUCUGGGGAGCUGUUAAUGGAUUGAAUAGUUUUCAUGGCACGCAACCUGUUCUUUCCAAGGACAAAGGGUGGGCCCCACCUCCUCUCUACAUCUUUCAUGAUUGGCACACUGUUGAUUCUUUGCUCCAUUGUAUGCUUCCCCAAGCUCUUUCAAGCAGGAAUGGGAACUAGCUGACCUUCGUAUGUCGCCAGACUAAAACUCCCACCAACCUCUGCUAAUCUUAACUCCUGAGAAGGUUUGAAGGGAAGGAGACAGUAUUUGGGGCCCAAGUCAUUUAGGGCUUUAAACCCAAAUGUGAGCACCUUGAAUUGGGCUCAGAAAUGAAUGGGCAAUCACUUUGCUGAAGGCAUUUCCUUACAAUAUAGGACAUAAUGUUUUGAUAUAUGGAACACUGUACAUUAUAAAUUGCCUUCGUAUGCUGCCUCAUUGUGGCAGUAUAUUGUGUGCUUGAAAAAUUCAGCAAAGUUUAAAUGAAAGAAAGAGUGCCUCUGCCACCGUCGUUUUUUCUGCCGGCGUAUUUGAUGUCACUGGAUAAGGGCAUGCCACAGUUACAUUUUUCAGCCAUGCAGGUGAUUUAUAGGAAGGCCAAAUCUUUAUUAUGUUUUAGAAGUUAAUUUGAUUUUGGUGCAGACAUUUUUGCAGAAAAUGAGGCUGUAAGAAUGUUUUUAUGCUCCGAAUCUGAGUGCAGCAAAUGGAAGAACGCCUAAAUGGGCUUACUAGCCGCGGAAUGCUACCCAGAACACGUCUACUGAAUUCAUAACCUGUGACUGCCCCAAAGGGAUUUAUUAAAAUUCAAAGCAUGCUGAUCCUAGACCGUUUGAUUUGAAACACAAAAUUAGGGAACUGACUUUGAUUUAGAAUGGGGGGGGGGGGGAGCCCUCUUCAUCACAAUGCAGAUCACUCUGAAGGUGCAUUCAAUUACCUGAUGUCCAGCAAAAUAGUAGAUGUGUGUUGAUAUAAGACUCAGCUUCAGAGAACUCUCUCUCUCUCUCUCUUCUGCUAUAUUACAGUUCCAAUAAAAAUGGGUUUGAUGUUCUGAAGGAUUUUACUUCUCAUGAAAAAUGUCACAGUCAUCGCACCAGGCAUUAAACCAUAUCAAUCCUUUGCAGUUUUGUUGGUGAUGCCCCACCCCAUUAAAAAGACCUAUUGAUAAAAUUGGGACAGAUACCAUAGAUGUCUCCUGCUCCCUUCUUUGUAAAAUGUGGUUAAUUGUACAGUGGUACCUUGGGUUAAGAACUUACCGGUAAUUUGUUCUGGAGGUCCGUUUUUAACCUGAAACUGUUCUUAACCUGAGGUACCACUUUAGCUAAUGGGGCUUCCCGCUGCAGCUGUGCCGCCGCUGUGCAGUUUCUGUUCUCAUCCUGAAGCAAAGUUAUUAACCAGAGGUACUAUUUCUGGGUUAGCAGAGUCUGUAACCUGAAGUGUCUGUAAACCGAGGUACCACUGUAUUGAAAAGUGUAGGCCAGGGGUUGGCAACCUAAGGCCCAUGGGCCACAAGCAGCCCACGGGGGUUGUUUAACCGACCCACGAGCCACCCCGAACCAAGCCACCUGCUUGGCAAGUCCCUGUGCACUGCGCUAAAUCAGCGCGACACGGGGACUUGCUUCCGCGGUCCUGUAAAUCACAUCUGCACAGACACAAAUGCUGGAAAUCACGGGGGUGCGCGCGAUCGGGCCCACAGGGGGAUCUCCACUGGAGUGAAGCAGCCCAGGUGAGGUAAACUUUGCCAUCCCCUGGUGUAGGCAGUGCCUGUGCCAGGCAAUUUUAUACUCCGGGCAACGAUAACUACUUGCACCACCACCCCAAAUCCCCCCCCCCCAAAUUCAAAUUUGAAAAUCAGAUGCCUUGUAGGAAAAAAGAAAAAACACAAAAUGUGAAACUGCUCAAUUUAUUUUCAAUUGCAAGAAUAAGUAAUACAACAAUCUCUGAUGAUCUUUCUCAAAUAGAAUAUUUUCACGCACGAAUCGCAUUGAAUAAUCUUGUGAAUGGUGAUGUUAAAAUUUAAGCUUCUUAAAAAAUUCUGUUUCAGGCGCAUCAAAAUAGCACUUUAUGUGCCUUUCCCUUUGUAAAUUUUGCCACCAGUUCCUUCAGGUCAGGCACUGAUGCUUGGGCGCAUAGCUGCCAAGCCAGCUAGCAUCUUUUGCAACAUUUAGGGGCUGCUCCUGCCGUGCAACCGAGUUGAAAUGAGAGGGAGGUAGCAGGAACUGGUUACUGAAUAGGGCAGCAAAUGUUGGCUCUCGGAGAAAGUGCGAGAAAAUGUCAUUUGGGGUCCACUUUAGGCAUAGGAUUCCGUAGGCGGGCAGCCACUGACAUGAUCUGAGGUGAUCCUGAUUUAUCUAUUAUGUAUGGGAGUUCCUGAAUACAGUGGUACCUCAGGUUACAUAUGCUUCAGGUUACAUACGCUUCAGGUUACAGACUCCGCUAACCCUGAAAUAGUGCUUCAGGUUAAGAACUUUGCUACAGGAAGAGAACAGAAAUCGUGCUCCGGCGGCGUGGCGGCAGCAGGAGGCCCCAUUAGCCCCAUUAGCUAAAUUCAGGUUAAGAACAGUUUCAGGUUAAGUAUGGACCUCCGGAACGAAUUAAUUACUUAACCUGAGGUACCACUGUACAGGAACAAGGGCACUAGAUCCUUAUUAAGCCUAGCUUGAAGAUUUUCUGGACAUGAUUCAAAUGACAGCACAAGGAAAUUCAAUUUUCAGAAAUUUGCUUAAGGAAUAUUUAAUACUGGGCAUGCUGCAACAAACAAACAAACCAAAAGCAAAAACCAAGGCUUACCUAUACCGCAUAAAGGGAAUUUUUAAUUUAGACUUCAGUUCCUAAACAGCCUUCGAAGUAUCUCUCCCCCUGUUGCCCACUGUUGGCACCCUUGCUCUAUAAUUUCAAUUGCUGACUAACUAUAUCCUAUAGGUGACUCAGCUUCUCUCUCGCCUGCUGUAUCACCGUUCUACUUUCUCUGCUUGUGCCUGCAACCUUGUGCCCAGUUAUGCACCCACUGAUCUCACUGGAACAUAGGCAUAUGUUAAAGGGCAUUAAGCGGUAGCCUAGAGUCAUUUUCAGAACUCUGACACACUAAGGGAAAGUAUUCAGCCAGUGUGGUGUAGUGGUUAGGGAGCAGUGGACUCGUAAUCUGGUGAACCGGGUUCACGUCUCCGCUCCUCCACAUGCAGCUGCUGGGUGACUUUGGGCUAGUCACACUUCUCUGAAGUCUCUCAGCCUCACUCACCUCACAGAGUGUUUGUUGUGGGGGAGGAAGGGAGAGGAUAUUGUUAGCCGCUUUGAGACUCCUUCGGGUAGUGAUAAAGCGGGAUAUCAAAUCCAAACUCUUUUUCUUCUUCUAUUCAACCACACAGGACCGGCAUGAGGAUCGCAGUGAUUCUCAAGUAGACCACAUGGCUUAUUUCAAGAGCUGUAGGAAAUCUGAAGGCUCAGCUUAUGCAGCCUGGGCCACUCAGGGACAGGAUGUGCAGAACCUUGUGCUAGAGAGGGACUGAAUAAAAGGUAUAUAUAUAUAUGUAUGUAUGCACAAUAUAUAGCUAUCUUGCGAGGUUGAUGCAUUGGUUUCACACGACUUUAACUGUAACGGUGUCCACUCAUAUAACACUGGGAAUUGUAUCAUGUAUGGCAAGGUGAUGCUAAGAAAUCACAUGAUGCUAAUUCCUAAACAGAGGGAAUUAUUAUAAAACCAGCUAUAAGGUUUGGAUAUGGGCUAACAGAAUCCUCAAAAUGGAAAAGGCCAGGAAAAAGUUUUCUUGAUUUCCUUCAGCGCUUUGGAUAAACAGAGAGCUGUUGUGUUUUCCACGUUUGUUUCAUUUUUAUUCCUUCACAAGCCAACGUGACCAAUAUAAGCAACAAAACUUUCCUUUAUUCCUUUGCCACUGCUUUCCCUUUUCAAGACAAGGCAUAUUUCUAGAUGCAUCCUGCUGAAAAAGAGUGCUGAAGAAUAAAGUAUUAUUUUGCUACAUAGAAUCAUAUGAGAUUCCGAUCAAUGUCGGCUGACAACAAAUGACCUUGGUUCAUCCAUUUUUCUGUGAUGCCCCAAUGAUGGUGUUCAUUGAUUGCAUGCCUCACAGAGACCAAGGAAUUUCUCCUUUCAACAGCUAUGUGAAAUAAGAUUCCAAUACCUCCUUACCACACUUACAUUUUGAAUGGGAAGAUAGAGCACACAGAGACUAGGGACUCAGCUGCAUUAGUCAAAAAACAGCAUUUUAAAUCCAUUAUAAACAUGCAACACCAGAUGGCGCUGUAGAGCACAAAACUCUUCUAUGCGAUUUUGCAUAGGUUUUUUCUUCCGUUAUAACGAUUUAAUUUAUGACUGACAUAGCAUUUCCCCCUGUGUGUAGAUCCACCCUAGGUGUGUCAUGCUGUAAAUGUGUGACACAGCCAGUACUACAAUAAUUUAUAAUAAUAAUAACUUACUACUUACACCCCACCCUUCUGGGCAGGCCUCCCCAGCCACUCUGAGCAGCUCCCAACAGAAUAUUAAAAACAUGAUAAAACAUCAAACAUAAAAACUUCCUUAAACAGGGCUGCCUUCAGAUGUCUUCUAAAAGUCAGAUUGUUGUUUAUUUCCUUGACAUCUGAUGGGAGGACGUUCCACAGGUUGGGCGCCACUACCGAGAAGGCCCUCUACUUGCUUACCUGUAACCUCACUUCUCGCAUUGUGGGAACUGCCAGAAGGCCCUUGGAACUGGACCUCAGUAUCCGGGCUGAAUGAUGGGGGUGGAGACGCUCCUUCAUGUAUACUGGGCCGAGGCUGUUUAGGGCUUUAAAGGUCAGCACCAACACUUUGAAUUUUGCUCAGAAACGUACUACUCAAACACUGCUCCAAUCGAAACGUCAUCUGGUCAGAAACAUAAGAUUCAAUUUAUAACAUUGUUUGCCCAUUUUAUCACAUGCUUUCUUUAAGGCAAUGCGGAAGAAACUCAGUUCAUCAGAUAUUGCCCCUCCAAAAAGUAAAUAAAUUGGGGUGUAGUGCAGUUCAUUUCAAGUCCACUUAUGAAUUAAACUGGACUCCAUUGCAUGCUCUACAUCAGUGAUUCUCAAAGGGUGUGCCACACCACGUUGUGUGGAAGGAAAGGGUGGCAAGUGUGGCGGGGAGAAUUCAAGGACAAUCAAUACUAUAUUUGGGAAUGAAUCAUGUUCUUAUGUAGCUGCAUUUUUAAAAAAUACUUUCUGGAUGUCCCGUGACCGCAUUUUAAAGUUGUUGCAUUCUGUGUUAUAUAUCAAGCCCUGCUCAUCGUUCCUUUUUGUUUUCCAAUGUAUUUCUUAUCAGUAAAAAAAUCGGCAUUGCAUGAGCAAAUUUUUAUUCUGGACCUGUGGUCCGUGUGUGUGGGGGGGAAGACAACCACUGCUCUAUGGCAUCAUUAAGCAUGUUAUGAGGUCUGAUCCUUCUGCCAACCCACUGUGAGCAUCCAGCCCUGCUUAUCUGGCUGCUGCUCUGGUGGUGGCAGGAGAAAAAAGAGCUGGGAAAGGUCUCUCUUUCUCCCCUGGCACCUGGACGGUUGCUAUAGCAGUUGCCCGGAGUCAGCUAAUCCCAAUUGACUAGAACCUCCAGCCAACAGAGUCUUCCAUCAGCCAGACCAAUAAGAGAACUAACCCAUUGGGUUACUGGCUGAAUGGUCCCUGCUGUUGUACGUCUAAGGGUAACAUCCAGUUCUGCCCUAUGGCCUCCUGAACCUCCAGGCACACCCAGCAUUUCAUAGAUCUGGAGCAGAAUUUCAUUAAAACCCCCCAUAAUGGAAGUCUCAUUCCAGAAUGAGCCUGUGUCAUGAAAAGACACCUCAGCAUAUGUGAAGCGACAAAUGUAGCUUAAUUUCCCUUCAAAAUUGACGACAAAUUCCUGUUAGCUGCCGACAUGUGUAAUGAAUGCAUUGAUACAUGCCACACAUUAGCAAAGAUCUCACAAGUCUUAGGUAAAUUGGAUUGCCUUUGUUUUGAUUGCAUUUUACUGCUUCUGCCUCUCCUGCCUCUGGUCUGGCUUUUUUGAUCAUGCCAGGUUGGUCCCUUUGUGGUUAACACCUUUUGAAUCGUGAACUCUCUGAGGAGGAAGGCUUGAGGCACCAAACAAGACACAAAAACACUGACAAUGUCAAAGGGAACACACUUAAAUGCCGCCACAUCCUCAUUGAUGAGAAAAUCCUCUGCUAAUUGCAUUAAUCUAUUGAUUCCCCCCCCCCCCCAAAGGGCUGGUCCUUUGGCGGGUUGCACAUCCACACAUGGCCCUCCUGGCGUUCUGGUUCAGUGUUUCAGUACAACAUCUGAUGUGCAAGAAGGUCUCCCUGAAAAGGAAGGGAACGACUUUGUGUGAGAGACCUUCAGUGGCACAGACAGUUAGAGAUACAUGCAUGGUUCCUCAGCCUAGACCAGGGGUCAGCAAACUUUGUUAGCAGGGGGCCGGUCCACUGUCCCUCAGACCUUGUGGAGGGCUAGACUAUAUUUUGGGGAAAAAAUAAAAAAAAUAACGAAUUCCUAUGCCCCACAAAUAACCCAGAGAUGCAUUUUAAAUAAAAGCACACAUUCUACUCACGUAAAAACAUGCUGAUUCCCAGACUGUCCACGUUCCGGAUUUAGAAGGCGAUUGGGCCGGAUCCGGCCCCUGGACCUUAGUUUGCCUACCCAUAGCCUAGACCAAUACAGGUUGACAGUGAAAGUUCAAAAAGUGACAUGAAUGAAUUAUUGAGGGGGGGGGAGAGUCUUUGCCCUUUUGGUGAGAUUCCCUGGAAAAAUAACACCGUAUUUUUCCAUGUAUAAGAUGACCCCUAUUUUUGGGAGCCCUCAACAGUUGUUGAGCUUCUUCUGUAAGUUCGCUGAGCUGUUGAGCAGCUUUUCGGUGAUCUGCCGCUCUGGCUGAUGAAACUGGUGCCGUAAUGCACCACAUACUGGCACUCACCAAAUACUCUUCCUAAACUGGGAAGAGCAGGUAGACAGCCUCCUCUCCAACAUUUCCCUGCUACCGCCACAGCAGCAGCCCUCGCUUACUUAGCAUAUUAACCCAUGUAUAAGACGACCCCCAAUUUAUCACAUUUUUUUUUUUUAAAAAAAGACUGUCUUAUACAUGGAAAAAUACGGUAAUUUUGCAUUUGUGAUACCUCACCCUCCGAGACAGGUCUUCUUUACAAAGCUCUGGUAAUGUCUAUGUGAGGAUGGAGAAGAGAAACACAGGAUUACAGCUAUGGGCGUUUUAAAACCUCUGUGUUUUUUAUGAAAUAACAUUUUCUUUAAUUGUACAAUUAGCAGUGGCACAUCUACCAUAUGCCAGAUUGAUUAGCUCACAGUUAGCCAGAUGAAAAAUCAUUGCCUGGGUUUCAGAGUCCAUUAACAAGCCACCUCUUCAAAGUGCACACAUUCUAACGGUGAUUUGAAGUUGCAGGGGGAAAACAAAUCAAUUACGACUUGCUGGAUGCAUGAGCCACAUCCUUCCGGGUCCCAGGUUUUCCAGCGGCGUUCCAGAGUAGAACCCCUUCUGACAAUCAUUCAUGCUUUAUUCUUUCUUUUGCACGAACAAGAGAAUCCAAGGAGUCCUUGAAAACACCAACCUCUGAUCCUGGGGAAAUGGAGUCAGAUGGCUUUAAUUUUGCCUCCAACAACAAACCCAACCGGCCAAGAACGGAACAGCCUGCCAGAUUCUGAUAAGCUGUCAGCUUUUGCUCUACCCUAAAUCAUACAAAAGAGGUGGAGGCAAGAGCAUUAAGGCUUGUUGCGCGGAGCUUAGAGAACACCAGUCAAAGACUACAUGACCUUUAAAAAGAUCUAAUAGUUUUCUCUGGUCACCCUCCUCAAAGGGGAUUAAAUUGCCCCUCUUGAAGGAUUUAUUCGAAUCACAAAAGCUGCUUGUGUUCACACUUCCCAUAUCUGGAUCCUUUUGCGUGCUGGAUGCUGUUGAACCCCAUGCUGCUAUGGACACAUCUGUGCUGCUUAUUCCUGCUGUUCCAGCCAAACUCCUCUCUUGGCUGAACGGCAAUAGGUCCAGACUAGAGAUUGCUCACCAUAAAGAUUUGCAAAAGCUUUUGUUGUGGAACUUCAUAGCUUUGCGGCUGCAAAGAGAAAAGAAGCACGAUGCUAAAAGCAAGCUACCAAACAAUCUAGAUUUGUAGAUAAAUGGUGUGUCAGUGUAGUGCUUAGAGGGUCGGCCUAGAACAUUGGAGACCCAGGUUCGAAUUCCUAGUUUGCUGCGGAGCUCAAUGGGUAACCUUGGGCCAGUCACCACCUCAUAGCACAAACCUACUUUGCAGGGUUGUUGUGAAGAUUAUAAUGGAAAGAGAGAGAACUGUAUGCCACAUUGAGCUCCUUGGAGGGAAGGUAAUAAUAAAUAAAUUUUGAUUUUUAAAAAUGAACAUAAACUAGUCUUUCCAAAAGCCUCUCAGAGGGUUAGGGAGGCCACCUCCAAUUGGAAACAACAAGUAAGUAGUGCCAGAUUUCAAACACCUCUCAAGUCCCAUAGGACACAGUCAUUAAUGUUUGGUACGCCUACUAACCCUCUGGAAGGAUACCUUCCAACAUUUUUCUGAUAAAAACAGUGCCGUCCUCUCCAACAUUUCUCUGAUGAAAAUAGGGACGUCCUAUUCCAUAUCCUCCAACAUUUCUCCAGUGAAAACAGAGAUGUCCCCUCCAACAUUUCCCUGACGAAAAUAGGGACAUCCUAUUCCAUACCCUCCAAUAUUUCUCUGAUGGAAAUAGGGAUGUUCUACCACACCCUCCAACAUUUCUCCAAUAAAAAUAGGGAUGUCCUGUCAGUGUUUGAAAAAGGAAAGGUUCUGACCUCCUUUUUACUCCUUUGCCUAGUCCUCAGACCUUAGUUGGCGCAAAAGAGUCUUUGAGAAAGAGUAUUCUUGCAGAGUAUUGCUGCUUUUAUUCUUAAAAAGUCUUCUUCUCCAACCACAACCGACAGCUUUUACACACACCAAACGCAACCAGUUUUCUACCAUCCAACCAACCCACACCAAACACUAACAUUGACCACUCUAUAUAUACAGGUACAAUUUGGAGAAAGGUUGCAUGAGUCGUUGUAGGCUGCUGACUCAUGCUGACUUAGUUCUUUUAGCAUUAAAGAAACAGGGGCCAAUUUUUAGCCAUGACAUGUCCUAAGGAAAAGCAGGAGAUUGUGGGAUCAAAUCAGAAACCCAGGUUUCUGUAAAUCUGGGACUGUCCCUGGAAAAUAGGGACACUUGGAGGGUCUGGGAAAGGCUUUUUUGGGAUGGAUACACGGAGGUACAGAGGAUGCAGUGGGGAAGUUAGGAAGAGAAAGACUGGUUUCAUGAGUGCCUUUUACUCCCGUCAUGUUUGAUACAACCCAGUACCCCUUCCCUUUCCAUUUCUCCAUAUUUAAUUCAUUGCAGUGCUGCAUUUGACAAAACUCUAUAUCCUUGCCUGAAUUUAUUGAAUUAAAAGUUAUCUUUUCUUUAGGAUCUUAUGCCUUAUAUCAACCAGCCUUUUAAGUAGUGAUCUUAAUACAGUACACAGGCAUUUUCAUUUCAGUGUCAAUUAAAUCCAUUAUGCUUAACAGUUUAUAUCAUGCUCUAUCUUAUGUGGUGUUAAGUUAGGGCCAGCCUAUCCAUGAGGCAGGCUGAGGCACCUGCCUCAGGUGGUAAAACACCAAGAGGUGGCAGCCUAUCCACCCUACCUUUGGAGAAGUGGCGGCGGCAGCUUUCAGCAAGAUUGUUAGAGAUCACACUGAAAUCUCAUGAUAUCUUGAGCUUCUUCUUCUUUGGUGAUCACUCAUAGCUGAGUAAGGUUGUCUUCCAUGAACAUGGUUUGAACAGUGAGUUCGUAAGUGACUGUGGAGGCCAAUUCUAGAUCCACAAGUCCUUCCACAGUGGGAACAUAGGUUUCUGGGUGAGAGUUGAUCACGGUGAGGGUUUGCCAAGCGUGCCUUCUUCUUAGGAUGUUUCUCCCUUUUGUCCUGAGUUUGAGCAUCUUCGAAGCUCAUGACAUCUUUGGUAAAGGCUGUUCUCCAGUUGGAGCACUCACAGGCCGGUGUUUCCCAGUUGUCGUUGUUUAUGCUACAUUUUUUAAAGAUUUGCCUUGAGAGAGUCUUUAAACCUCUUUUGUUGACCACCAGCAUUACGCUUUCCAUUUUAAAGUUCGGAAUGGAGUAGUUGAUUGGAAGACGAUAAUCAGGCAUCCGCAUAACAUGACCAGUCCAACGAAGUUGAUGUUGAAGAAUCAUUGCUUCAACACGGGUGAUAUUUAUUUCUUCCAGGACACUGGCAUUAGUUCUCCUGUCUUCCCAAGUGAUGUGUUAAACACCGUUGAUGGAAUCUUUCAAGGAGCUGGAGAUGGCGUUUAUAAGUGGUCCAUGUUUCACAAGCAUACAGUAAGGUUGGUAGUACAGUAGCUUUGUAAACAAGCAUUUUGGUUUCCCUGCGAAUGUCCUGGUCCUCAAACACUCUGCACUUUAACUGGGAGAAAGCUGCACUUGCAGAGCUCAGGUGGUGCUGGAUUUUGGCAUCAAUGUCGGCCCUUGUGGAAAGAUAACUGCCCAGGUAGGAGAAGUGAUAGACAAGUGAUAGACACUGUCCAACAUUACACCAUUGAGUUGGAUUUGCUGCAGAGUGGUUGUUUUGUGCUUGUUGGUACAGCACCUUGGUUUUUGGGAUGUUGAGCGAUAGGCCAAGCUUUUUGUAAGCUUCAGCGGAUAUAUUUAGGAUGGUUUGGAGGUCAUCUUCUGAGUGUGCACACACUACGUUGUCAUCAGCAUACUGAAGCUCUAUGAUGGAAGUCUUGAGCACUCUGCAAGAUCUUGCCAGAACCCAUCGUCAUCAGCACUGGUUUGUGGGCACUGCCCACAACCCAGGUAAGGGAGGCUUCAGUGGGAAGGGGGAGCUUUGGGGUGGUGCUGGGGGUACGGCACCUUCCUGUUUUACCCCAGGCUGCAAAAUAGGAUGUGCCGCCCCUGUGCUAACUAAAUUGACCCCCCAUACAGUUCCACCAGAUACAUUUAAAUUACAACCCUCUUUCAAACUAUAACACAAUACCAAAGUGAUACCAAGAAAAACGAAGCCUUAUAUAUAUAAAAACUUUUUCUUUCAUUGAGUAACUGGACCUAUCUGUACAUAUAACAUUUUAAAGGUGAUUUGAAGAACUAAUACAAAAUAUUUCCCGCAUCUCUUUUUAAUUCCGUUUUCAGCCUCUUGUAAGUCAGAUAGCAACUGAUAUAUUAUUGAUAAUGCCGUUACCUGGCACAUCGUUAUAACAAAUUAUUUGGGAGCGAAAAGCUUUCGGCAAACAUGUAGAAUUAAUUGUAUUUGCAGAUCAGGAUCUGCAGUGUAAGCUGGUCUUGUCUCUCGGCUGUUAGCGCUUAACAUUUAAUUAGUCAAGAACUUUGCUCAUUAAACAGAAGUGUUCAUCAAUGAAAAGAGAACCUGCUGAAUAGAGAGAUAUGGUGGACUCUUAGCAGGUUUAGGCUGAAAUUGAAAGUGGCAGGGGAAUUGCAAAAGCAUUUAGCUGCCUCAGCCAAUGCCUUGCUUGGUGCAUGUUGGCAGAGUGGAACUGAGGGUGGGGGGAAAGCUAUGGGUCAAUUUCUGGCCCCGCCCUUUCCAUUGAAAUCAAUGGGAGGAGAAGGAGAGGCACACCUGCCUUUUUCACCUGGUUUGGGGUGUGUACUAAGGGACCAGGAAUCCUUAAAAACCGUUGGAACCUAUCCGCUUCCAAGAAUACCCCUGGCAUAUCCCUUUGUGGUCCUUCAGAUGUCAGAGCUCUGACACUGGUUGGGGCACACUUUGGAAGAGCAUGAAGCAUCAAAGAGGUAGGCUCCUACAUCAGAUCUCCCUCUCCAGGAUUGGACCUCUACCUCCAUUGUCCAAUACUCUUCCAGGUACCAUAGAUGUCGCUUAGAGUUCAGAUUUUACUUCUGUAGUAGUUUAGUAGUAGAGAAUCAGAAGAAUCUUUAUUUGCAUCAGCCACUAGCCAUAGCAAUAAAAUAAAAUGUACUGAAGAUAGAGGUAAAAACUUAACUAUAGAAAAUUCGUUUUGGGGGUUUACAUCAAUAAUCAAAUAAUAGAUCUUCUUCUAAUUGCCCCCGCUAAAAACCUUGCAGUUUUUGCUGUCACCUGAUCAUCUUGAACUGCUAAAAGAAAGGACAUGGUAGCAAUGGUUUAGCGACCCGGCAUGAACAAUAGUAGAGGGGUAAUAACCUCACUCCUCAAAUCUUUAUGAAGAGUGCAAGCCAGAAGCACAUAAGCCACUGACACAUAGUACAGUGGUACCUUGGGUUACAGACGCUUCAGGUUACAGACUCCGCUAACCCAGAAAUAGUACCUCGGGUUAAGAACUUUGCUUCAGGGUGAGAACAGAAAUUGCGCAGCGGCGGCAUGGUGGCAGUGGGAGGCCCCAUUAGAUAAAGUGGUGCCUCAGGUUAGGAACAGUUUCAGGUUAAGAACUGACCUCCAGAACGAAUUAAGUUCUUAACCCGAGGUAUGUUUUAAUUUAAUUUUCAUUUUCUCCUCAGGCAUGGAACCUAAAAACAGCCACUAACCCUCUAUUCCAGUGUUUCAUAUCAAGUCCAAAGGGCAUACAAUUGUUCCUUUAAAUUCUCGGGAGCAUAAGGUAGGAUGGCUACUUCCAACCAUGAACAUGAUUUAUAAAGGGUUAUGCAAAUGAAGGAGGAAGGCAAGGCUGGCUCAGUGGCUGCCAUUUCCUUCUAUGGAACAAAGUGAGCUGCUUACUGAUUUUUUUAUGCGGUACCUCUUCCACUCAAUUUGUGAACUUGGUGUAGAUUUACAUGGCUUAGAUCUCAUGAAAUUUACCACAUGGGAAUCCUGUCUCUUGCAAGUUCUGUCCCCAUUGAUGGGCUCCAAUUAUGUACAAUGAAAAGAAUUAAACUGAGAUAAAUGGCAUAAUAUAGAUGGGGGAAAAACAGCCUAUUACAUGAUAGUUAUAUUAAUUGCAUGCCCUUGGGAAUCCAUCUUUAGAUGUUUAUUGCAGAAGAUUCCCACCUGCAAUGCUUCUUGGUCUAGACUGUAGAGCAAAUUUACAUGGACCCAGCAUGUAUCUUGGCCACAGGUACAUUUUCAAGGUAUGCUCUGCAUCAGAAGCGGGGUAAAGGAAAUUGUUGAUGCGGCUGUUGCUUAGCAAUCUUUUGGAAGUUUAGGUGAAAUCUGUUAAUUAGUUGGAGAAAGACUGUGACCUUUGAUGUGUUGCUUAGCAACCGACAGCACCAGGGAUAUGGAAACGGGGAAAGUUUUGUUCAGGAGGAUACAGUGAGAGUCAGUCUGAGUCAAGACAUUAAACAAAAAACGUGGACUCCUUGGAGGAUGUAUUUACAAAACGUUUUGAAGCUUUGCCAAUGUCAGAAUUUCUAUAGGAAAUAACAUUGGGGCUCACUCUCUGAAUGCCAGCACCUUUCCCACAAUAGAAGCAAAUUAAUUGCUUUGCAAGUUCCUCUUAAUUCGGUUUUGGAAUCCAGGACAACACUAAUUAUGAUGUGGUUAAUCAGAUGAAGAGUAAAUUAAAAGUUUGAUUUGCCUAUUAAUUUUUUUAAGCAUAUCUCUUGAUCAGGGGUCAGCAAACUUUUUAUGCGGGGGGCUGGUUCACUGUCCCUCAGAACUUGUGGUGGGCUGGACCAUGCGCGCGCAUGCACACAUACAUGUCCACACGCACAUGCCUUCCCUCCUUCCCUCAGAGACAGAGCAGCUGAGAUACUCACCGUGUUCAGACAGAGCGGAUUGGGCUGGGCUGGGGAGGGGGUGCCCUGCUGGUGCUGGGUCUCGGCUUGCGUGGAGGGGCCACAGCCGCCCUGCUGGGAAGGGCCCCUACCCCAGGGUGUCCAUGACCGUGCUGCUAAUGUGCCACCACCCAGCAGCACAGAAGAGUCCUCCUCCUGUGGUGUAGUGGUUAGGAGCAAUGGACUUGUAAUCUGGUGAACCGGGUUCGCUUCCCCACUCGUCCACAUGCAGCUGCUGGGUGACCUUGGGCUAGUCACACUUCUCUGAAACCUCUCAGCCUCACUCAACUCACAGAAUGUUUGUUGUGGGGGAGGAAGGGAAAGGAGAUUGUUAACCGCUUUGAGACUCCUUAGGGUAGUGAUAAAGCGGGAUAUCAAAUCCAAACUCUUUUUCUUCUUCCUCCUCCCUCCUCGCAGGCUCUCUUCCUGCCCCUUCGCUUCUCCUCCCUUCUCGGAGCUAGACAUCAGCAAGGCGCCCUGCCAUGCACCUCACCCUGAUUGGAGCAGCGAGUCUCCGGAAGGGGUCAGCAUGGGCCGCCGGCUCAUGUCAAACAGGCCAAUGGAGGGGAGGCCUAAGGUUGCUAAGGCUUCAGAUUGGCCAGCGUCAUGGAAGUCUGAGCAAUCUCAGAGCAUGCUGGGAGAAAUAGUCCAGGGUUUUGGGUUUUUUUUGCAAAAAAUAGUGCCCGAAAAAGAAAGAAAAAGAAAAGGCAAUCGCGCCGAUCCAAGUGGCGAUUGCAGAACCAUUUGCGGGCUGGAUUCAGAGGGCAAUUGGGCCAGAUCCGGCCCACGGACCGUAGUUUGCCGACCCCUACUUUUGAUCCUUCAGCUCUAAAUCUGACUAUAGGAAUUUGUUUUUAAAACACAAACUUCUGACUUUUGUGGCGCAGCAACUUCAAAAGUGUUGAUGCCUGGAUAGUUUUAGAGCAGCUCUUUGUGGGUUAGCAGACUGCAGAAAAACGAGACCACCUGGUGGCUUGGAAUUUUAAAUACAGUGCUGGGCAGACAUUUAACGAAAGAUGCUUAAGAGUGCUACAGCAGGCAUGUCCAACUUCAAGUAGGCUGUGAUCUACCAUCCAGUAUAAAAAACCGACAGUGAUCUACCACACUCUCCCAUUGUCAUUCUUCAACUUAAACAUAUUACAGUAUAUUUGGCUGAGCUUAUGAUAGAAAUGAUAGAAAUAAUAACAAAUGAUAGUCACUUCCAUAAAACCUGAAAAGUUCAUUAUAAAUCAAUAUAUUUUUAAAAUACAUGCUUUGUAUACUUGUAAUUGUGUGUUUCUAUAAUACUUAAAGAAAAUAAUAUUGAGGACAGGGUCCUCCAUAAUCAGUGGUUCACAGAAGCUCGUGCCGUAAUAAAAGUCUUUAAAGUACCCCAGGACUCUUGCUGUUUUCCAAAUGAGUCAGGGGCACAUGUCAACCACAGUGGUUUCCCCCAUAGUUCGAAACUCAACUGCAGAGUUGACAGCCUUCAAGCACCACCUUAAGAACUGGACGAAACCUGUAGAAGCCCUUUCCCCUGAUAUGCCCUGUGUUGAUGCAAACAGCAGUUGUUGUUUUAAACAGAUCUACAACCCAAUCCUAUACAUCUCUACCCACAAGUAGGUCCCAUUGAUCUUACGUAGUUACAUGUAGGAUUGGAGCUUGGAAUCUGCACUGGUUUCAGUCUCGGUCUUAAAAUGGAGUGUAGGAACAGCUAGGAGACUUAGAAUCAUAGAAUCAUAGAGUUGGAAUAGACCACAAGGGCCAUCGAGUCCAACCCCCUGCCAAGCAGGAAACACCAUCAGAGCACUCCUGACAUAUGGUUGUCAAGCCUCUGCUUAAAGACCUCCAAAGAAGGAGACUCCACCACACUCCUUGGCAGCAAAUUCCACUGUUGAACAGCUCUUACUGUCAGGAAGUUCUUCCUAAUGUUUAGGUGGAAUCUUCUUUCUUGUAGUUUGGAUCCAUUGCUCCGUGUCCGCUUCUCUGGAGCAGCAGAAAACAACCUUUCUCCCUCCUCUGUGUGACAUCCUUUUAUAUAUUUGAACAUGGCUAUCAUAUCACCCUUUAACCUCCUCUUCUCCAGGCUAAACAUGCCCAGCUCCCUUAGCCGUUCCUCAUAAGGCAUCGUUUCCAGGCCUUUGACCAUUUUAGUUGCCCUCCUCUGGACACGUUCCAGUUUGUCAAUGUCCUUCUUGAACUGUGGUGCCCAGAACUGGACACAGUACUCCAGGUGAGGUCUGACCAGAGCAGAAUACAGUGGCACUAUUACUUCCCUUGAUCUAGAUGCUAUACUCCUAUUGAUGCAGCCCAGAAUUGCAUUGGCUUUUUAGCUGCCGCGUCACACUGUUGGCUCAUGUCAAGUUUGUGGUCAACCAAGACUCCUAGAUCCUUUUCACAUGUACUGCUCUCAAGCCAGGUGUCACCCAUCUUGUAUUUGUGCCUCUCAUUUUUUUUGCCCAAGUGCAAUACUUUACAUUUCUCCCUGUUAAAGUUCAUCUUGUUUGUUUUUGCCCAGUUCUCUAAUCUGUCAAGGUGGUUUUGAAGUGUGAUCCUGUCCUUGAACAACAACCUUCUGCAGGAACGCAUGAGCCAUGUUGGUGACCUCUCAUCAUCACUACUUUGUGACCUUUUAGUUAGCCUGAUAAAGGUAUUAUCCUGCUGUUGGCUUUUUAAUUUAUGGGGCAGUUCAUAUCUCAGUAAUAUAAUGGGCAUUGACUUCCCCCUGCUCAACCUAUAUAUUCCUUUGGGUGUUUGUUUUCUGCAAGUACAAUGCAUGUCAUGAGAUUUGCUCAACUUUGUGAUUUAUCAGAAGUUCUCCCAACAACGACUACAGGGGAAAUUAAAUCCAUAACUUUUUUUAAAAGAAAAAAAAUUCUGCUUAUAAGUGGCGAUUUCUUUAUUAGCAGCUGUUCAUCAGCGUGCACAAGAAAAAAAACAAGCUAUAGGGUGCCAUCAACAGCUGAUACCUCUUAUGGUAAAAUAAUGACACUGAAUAUUUUCACCCAAUUACAAUUCUUAUAUUUCAGUGGCUGGCAGUGAGAAAUAAAUGAGGCUACAUAUUGGCAUGAACUCAAAGGUGUUCUAUAGCAUUGUGCUGUAAUAUAAACUUGCAUAAUCAAGUGAAUUAAUUAACAGAUAUCAUUCUAGUGUUUCCAAGGACACGUCUAUAGCUACACACUUAAAGCAGGUCGAUCCCAGUGUAGUCUCCAUAGCUUCCCCCACAGAAUCUUGGGAACUGUAGUUUGAUGAGGGUGCUGAGAAUUCUCUGUUAAAGUUCGGCCUCCUCCCCGACAGAACCAUAGCCCCAUGUUUUCCCUAAGGAGACAAAAUGGCCACUGAAACAAUUUACAUCUUUAGAGAUCUCCUGUGAAACUCUAGGCCCACACUGGAGGUUUUUAAGCAGAAGGUGGAUAGCCAUCGGCCAUGUUUGAUCUAGUUGAGAUUCCUGCAUUGCGGGAAUUGUGCUAGAUGACCCUCAGGGUGCCUUCCAAUUCUACGAUUCCAUGAUUAUAUAUAGGUAAAGGUAAAGGGACCCCUGACCAUUAGGUCCAGUCGUGACCGACUCUGGGGUUGCGGCGCUCAUCUCGCUUUAUUGGCAGAGGGAGCCGGCGUACAGCUUCCAGGUCAUGUGGCCAGCAUGACUAAGUCGCUUCUGGCGAACCAGAACGCCGUUUACCUUCCUGCCGGAGCGGCACCUAUUUCUCUACUUUCACUUUGAUGUGCUUUCGAACUGCUAGGUUGGCAGGAGCAGGGAGCGAGCAACGGGAGCUCACCCCGUCGCGGGGAUUCAAACCGCCGACCUUCUGAUCGGCAAGUCCUAGGCUCUGUGGUUUAACCCACAGUGCCACCUGCGUCCCCAUGAUUAUAUAUAGUGUGGCUUAAUUCACACUCUUGGAGCAUCUGGAGCUUACUUGCUCUGUCUUGUUUUUGUUUGGCAUUUCAUUCUGAUCCUUUCCUUUUUUCCUGUGUGCAGCUUCCAUUAGCACAACUUAGUUGCCUGCUCUGGGGUGGUUUCCCUCCCUCUGUGUAAUCUGGGAGUGCUCCUAGAUCCAAUACUGUCACUGGAAGCACAAGUGACACAGGGAUAGCCUGGCCAUGGCGACCCAUAGCACUGGUAACUUCGCAGCUGGAUUUCUGCAAUGCAAUCUAUGUGGGGCUGCCCUUGAUGUUGUUGCUUUGGAAAUAAUGUUGCUUUGGGAAGAGAGGCGAACUGGUGCCAGUGUACUGGAAGAAGCAAUGAUCACCAGUGCCGAAGCAAUGUUUCUUCAACGUCGACUUCGUUGGACUGGUCAUGUUGUGUGAAUGCCUGAUUCUCGUCUUCCAAAGCAACCACUCUAUUCCAAACUUUAAAAUGGUGGUCAACAAUGCUGGUGGUCAACAAAAGAGGCUUAAAGACUCUCUCAAGGCAAAUCUAAAAAAAUGCCCCCCAAUUUAUCGUCAUACCAGCUGUGUGAGGUUUUGGCUAAUUUGAGAGAUAGUGACUAGGUUUGGGUCACCUAGUGAGCUUCAUAGCUAAGUGGAGAUUUGAACCCCAGUUUCCCUGCUCCUAAACUGUUGUAACCUGCCCUGGGACAAGUGUAAAAGGGGGGGGGCGGUUACUGGGCUGUUGUUUUUAUUUUGAUUAUAUAUUUUUUUGUUUUAUGUUUUGAUUUGAUUAUACCUGAAGGAGUAUCUCCACCUGCAUUGCUCAGCCCAGACACUGAGGCCCAGCUCUGAGGGCCUUCUGGCGGUUCCUUCGCUGCGAGAAGUGGGGUUACAGGGAACCAGGCAGAGGGCCUUCUCUGCAGUGGCGCCCACCCUGUGGAAUGACCACCCGUCAGAUGUCAAGGAGAUAAACAACUGCACAACUUUUAGGAGACAUCUGAAGGCAGCCCUAUAUUGGGACGUUUUUGAUGUUUUAUAUUUUAUUAUGUUUUUAAAUGUUUUGGAGGCUGCCCAGAGGGACUGGGGCAACCCAUCCAGAUGGGGGGACAUUAUUAUUAUUAUUAUUAUUAUUAUUAUUAUUAUUAUUAAGCUUCACCUGUAGAACUGCAUCAUUUGACUUCAGACUAUUGCCUCAAUCAUGUUAUCUCUCCUUUGAGGAUUAAAAAAAAAAAUACAUUCAGGUUUAUUUUCUGCGCAGUCCCCCUCCCCCUAAUUUAGACAGAGCUCAGGGGAAACCUCCCCCAGGACCCCUCUCUCCCGUAAAACCUGCCUGAGGGGAAUUUGAUACACCCGACUCUAUGAGAUUUCCCUGUCUUGCAACUGCAGAACAGUAUUGCUGUAAUUCAAUUUAUAGCACCGUAAAGCAUAGCAUUAACAACAACAGGAGCCAGAGACCAAAAUCAUAAUGGGAUUUAUGCAAAUCUCGUUUCCACCUGAGAUGCCAUGGAAUUACUAUUUGUAGAAAUUAUCAUUUCAUCUUGUCACAUUGUAACAUGUUGUGUCCUGGCUUUUGUACCUUGUUUCACCAUGUUAAAUCCUGAGGAGGAGGUGGAAAUGACUGCAAUAUAAAAACUCAUCGGCCUGCAGUGAGCUUUGCAUUUCAGGCAAACAAGCCGUGUCAGACGUCAGGAAUAUGCCAGAUGGUGUGAGAGAUGUUGCUUUGAGGUUCCUACCUGGGGCAGGAAGGAUGAAGGAUUUUCUUGUUAGGAAAAAAUAAAAGUGAGAGAGAUUGAUGCUUAUCCAUUCUCUGUUUAUACUUCUGAAACCUGUCUUCUGUUUAAAAACAACUGGGGAGCCAACAGUGAAUUGGGUGCUUUCCCUGCAGUCUCAGCACCUGAGAUUUAUUUAUUUUUUGCCUCCAACACUUCACAGCUUUUCAAUUUUCCAUAAGGGUGUAUGAAAUCCCAGGGUCAUGCAGAUGUCAAUCAAAAUCCCCAUACUGUGCUUUCCUUCCCCUUCUCUCCCCUGCUUGAUUAUUUACCCCUCAUAUCUCUGUUUUGAGCUCAUCACCUCUGGGUGUUGUCUAAGAAAAUGCUGUGUUUCUGGCUCCAGCUGUUUGCAAAUUACACAUUCCUGGCAGUGGAGCUGACAAAAGGUUGCCAUUUCUUGUUUUAUCUGGUGGAACCCAUGUUCGACAUUUGGCUCCUUCCAAUGGUGGUGAGAUCACGGGACGCUCCUUUCUCUUCUGUUUCGGAAAAAGGAACCAGUACUAAAAAAGAGGUUUCAUCGUUACUGCCAUGCUGUAUCAUUUGUUUGUUAGCAGCAAAAGGAGAGGCAAAACCGAAAAUGAUUCUGAAAAGUGCCUUUAUCAGGUAAUAAUAGCCCUACUAAAUCAGUGAGAGAGAUGCUUCUUUGACAGGAGAAUCGUGCAGUCUUCUGGCCCCGAGGAAGGUUGUCAUCAGAGAAAAUGCACUCGACAUUUUAUUGUUUUAUUAAGAGCUAUUGUUAUUUGAUGAAUAUAUUCUUUCCGGUGCUGUCUUUGAGACUUUUCUGUUGUUUCCUUUGAAGCACUGGGCAGGUGGGAAUCAUAAAAUCGUAAAACCACAACGCUUGCAUGGAAUGUUGUGGGAAAUUAAAAGUGUGGCUAAACUCAGCUGGCUGGUGAUGCUCAGAGUGCCAGGUUAGGAGGGGAAAUUGAGGUAGGCAUCAGGUAUUGGGCCCUUGCCAGGCUUAUGAGCUCCUGGCACCUGUCCAAGGAUUUCACACACUGACCCUGGACCUGCAUAACAUAUUUGCACCAAGCCUGCACAAUUUCUCACAUAUCCAACCAAAUGCCACCCACUAGGUAAAUUGGGUCCUCCCUUAAAGAGGGCAUGUAUUGCGGUGAGACCUGGAAACCGAUACCCUGUGUUGUGGGUGGGUACGAUUGGUCAGCCACAACACCCGAUUGGUAGGUCCCUUGUAGCUGGGUGCAAUCUGGCUAAUGGGACGCAGUCCAAACGGUUUGAGGAACCUAUUUAAACCCAUGCACGUGACCCAGAGCUUCCUCUUUCGGCGCGUGCAUUCGGAACACCCGCCCACCUCUCCCUACUUUUAGGGCUUUGUGCUUGACCUUGCUAUGCCGUUGUGUGUUGUCUGUCAUUGGGACGGGCAUGGCAGGAAUUUCCGCACUUUGCUGAUUUGCUGUUGCCAUUUCACCUGCCGCGUAGUAAAUCGUCACAAUUUGUAAGGUUGCGGAUAGGCUCUGGUUCAGGUGAAAGGGAUAGGAGAACACUCUCGCCAUCCCUAUGUGAAGGGUAUUCUGUUAAAGGAAUCCAGGGACUCGAUGGUUUGGUCAACCCCUGAGAGGGGGUUGUGCCCGUGCCUGAGUCCAGGGGACAUUUGGGUGGAAGAGAUAGCCUGUUCCUGGCUUUCCGCUUAUCCAGGUGUUUACCCUUGGCUGACCUAUGCUGGAGCCGUGGGUCAGCGCUACCUGCAUGGCAGGGAGCUAGUUGAACCAGAGUCUAUGCAGCCAGUCACUUUCUGUAAUCAAUAAAGUUGUGGCUUAAAUUCUGCCAAAAACCAAAACCAAAAUUUGAGUCAAGUGUGAAUUUAUUUAGGGGGGAGGUUUCUGGGUCUGAACACACAAAAGGUAAAGGUAAAGGACCCCUGGACGGUUAAGUCCAGUCAAAGGCGACUAUGGGGUUGCAGCGCUCAUCUCGCUUUCAGGCCGAGGGAGUCGGUGUUUGUCCACAGACAGCUUUCUGCGUCAUGUGGCCAGCAUGACUAAACUGCUUCUGGUGCAAUGGAACACCGUGACAGAAACCACAGGGCACGGAAACACCGUUUACCUUCCCACCGGAGUGGUACCUAUUUAUCUACUUGCACUGGUGUGCUUUCAAACUGCUAGGCUGGCAGGAGCCCGAACAGAGCCAUGGGAGCUCACCCUGUCGCGGGGAUUUGGACUGCCAACCUUCUGAUCGGCAAGCCCAAGAGGCUCAGUGGUUUAGAUCACAGCGCCACCCGCAUCCCACUAGACAUGCAUUGUGGCCUGUCAGGUGCCUGACACCCUGCCUGCCCUGUUAUUGUUUUUUGGGAGUCCCAGCAUGUAGCAGAACCAGGAAUUUCACAGAUCCUCAUGAGGAAUGUGUUCACAGAGUAGUUCCAUAUCCUAGAAACGAUACCAUUUUUGGCAUUGCACCAUCAACCUUCGGUGUGAAAGGAAUAAAUAUGUACGCCAUGACUGCUUCUUAUCCACUUGCACGUAUUCUGCAGUUGUACAAGCUUUUUUCUGUGUUUUAUUUUUGGUCAGUUUUGUGUGCCUGCCCAGAUUCUGUGAUACCAGAUGUCCCUGUUUUUGUUUUGCUAGAACUUUUCAUUAGGCUUGCUGCUGAUUUCUGUGGUGUCUGAAAUUCAGCAUUUUACCGGUCUUUUGAUAUUGUGAUCUAUUCUAGUUGUGAACCGGAGCCACAGUCACACUUUUGCAAUGGUCAGUCUUGAUUAGCAUGUGAUGGGGUGAACUCACAGGAGCACUGUGCACUUAUUCCAGAUUGUUUAGUGCCAAGUUCCACAAUGACAUGUUUUUGACAGAACUGACUUGUCCUACUACAGGCUGGCAAACUCAUCUUUCGCAAUGGAAUAAUUGAAAACAUAGUUAGCUUUUUAGGAAUUCAUUGUAAUAUUCUCUGUUUAAAGUUAAGCAGGUCAGAGGAGCCGGACAAGAAAAAAAAAUAUUAGGAAGUUUUGUAAGGAGGACUUUACAAAUUAUUGUUAAAGGGAUUAAAAAUAGUGCGGGGCCUGCAAGACAGAGCUGUUCCACCUGGCCUUUGGUUUGUACUCAGUCUGACCCUUAUGUUUCCCUCCCCUUAUGGUUUUGAUCUAUGGGCUACUUUUAAAAUGAGACUGCAUUUUAACCUGUAUUUUAAAUUGUUUCCCCCCCUCUAUUAUGUUUACUGUAAUUUUACUGGUGUUAGCCACACUGAGCCCGGCUCUGGCUGGGGAGGAUGGGGUAUAAAUAAAAUUUAUUAUUAUUAUUAUUUGAUUUAUAGCAAUAAGUAUAGUAACAAAAUGCAAAAUCAAAAAGGAAUUAAUAAAACCAUUAGAAGGGGUUGAGGAAAGUCUUAGGCUGUGAUAGCCAAAGAUUUGUUACGUUGUUUUUUGAGUUGUUAUGUUGGAAAAUAUGUGCAAGCAAACACACACACACACACAUAUAUAUAUAUGAAACAAUUUUAUUACUAAAGAACUAAAAAUAACAGGUCUUGACUUAUUUUGCUAGACCUGCCUUCUGCUCGGGUCUGACUUACCAAACUAGAUACAGAAUGUGCAAUUCAAGGUACAUCACUUUUAUCUUUACACUCAUGGGUUUUUUUUUAAAAAAACAACAGUCUGGCAUGAUAGUCUUGUCAGUUUUGGAUUUCUACCCCCUCAGCCCCUCUAAGUGUCCCUAUUUUCCAGGGACAGUCCUGGAUUUACAGAAGUUGUCCUGGUUUCUGAUUUGAUCCCGGAAUGCCCUGCUUUUCCUUAGGACGUCCCUAUUUUCAUCAGGGAAAUAUUGGAGGGUAUGGACAUCUCUAUUUUCUUUGGAGGGUAGGGGUUAUGUGAUCCCUGAGCCACGGAUAUAAGUAACUGUACAACCUUUAGAAGACAUCUGAAGGCGGCCCUGUAUUGGGAAGUUUUUUUAAUGUUUAAUGUUUUAGUAUGUUUUUAUAUACCGGUAUGUUGGAAGCUGCCCAGAGUGGCUGGGCAACCCAGCCUGAUGGCCAGGGAAUAAUAGUAAUAAUAAUAAUAAUGGAAUAGGAUGUCCCUGUUUUCAUCAGAGAAAUGUUGGAGGGUAUGCCCUGAGUUGAUUCAAAGACCACCAUGGAUGGUUCUGUGAGCAGUGCUUUUGCCUAGCCUGGAGUUUGCAGUAGGAAGACAUUAUCAGGUAGACUGAACACACACACACACACACACACACACACACACACAGAAGUGGUCUUUCACUUAGUUUUCCUUCCAGGUUCCUGCCCUGCUUUCCUCCUAAACACAGACAGAAAGGGGGGGGAGGGUGGAUCCCUCACUAUGAUGCAGAGGAUGCAUUGUUGCUCAUUGGCUCGUAGCAUUCAAGCAUCUGAUCCAGUCUCCAUAUAUGGAAUGAAGCUUCCAUUGAAAUCAGUGGGACAAGUUUGUCAUGAGUUAAGCCCUGGAAAAGACCCUGAUGUUGGGAAAGAUGGAGGGCACAAGGAGAAGGGGACGACAGAGGGUGAGAUGGUUGGAUAGUGUUCUUGAAGCUACCAGCAUGAGUUUGACCAAACUGCGGGAGGCAGUGGAAGACAGAAGUACCUGGCGUGCUCUGGUCCAUGGGGUCACGAAGAGUCGGACACAACUAAACGACCAAACAACAACAACAAGCCCCAUUGUCUUUGGUGGGACCUCAGUUCAACUGAUGUAGUCAACAACCAACUCCAUGAUAAUAGUCCAGUAAAGUCCAGUGAAGACUCUUUAAAAGCAGUUUUACAGAGAACUACAAAAUAUAAUAUAUAAUAAUUUCUAUAUGAUUUAAAAUUAUCAGAAGGCUAGAAUUGAGGGGGAAAUCAAAUUCGGAACCAGCAGGACCAGACUUUCCUAAAGGAAUGGAAGAAACUUUCGACGUAUUUGGAAAGCAGCUGUAACCAAUUGACAUCGCUUGUAGGGUUAAAAGAAGUAAGGAGUAAUAUAUAAAUUAUUGUGAAGAGAAUUAAGAAUAGGUAUUAAGAUUUGAAUUUAUAGCAAUAAUUGUAGUAGCAAAAUGCGUAAUUAGAAAGGAUUUUAGAAAACCAUCAGUUGGGGUUGAAGGAAGUCUUAGGCUGUGAUAGCCAAAGAUUUUGAAAUGAUGUUUAAAAGGAUGAUAUGCUGGAAAAUAUGUGUAAAAAACAAUAAAAAAUACUUAUUAAAAAAAAGAAAGAAAUUGAGGGGGAAACUCUAAUACAAAGCAUCAUUGAAAAUUUACCCCCAUAUGGGGGAUUGAACCUGCAACCUUGGCAUUAUCAGCACCACACGCUAACCAACUGAGCUAUCCAGGCUUGAUCCUUUCUCAUCUCCUUAGUUCCCAACAGUGAUGGCUUGGUCAUCUCUUCCUGAUUUUUCCUAACUGCCAACAAUUAAGAAGUAUUCCUGUCAGAAGAACAAGUCAGCUAUGCACUUGGCUCUCAAAUUAUCCCUGAAAGUAUAUUUUGCUUUUAUGAACAGCAAUCUCUUCCUUAGCUUGGAUGGAUAAGAAGAAUAUACUUUCCUCAUUUAUGAGAAAACUUGUAUUAUGGCCUCAAGGCUCUUGUUUAAUAAAGAAAGAAAGCUUUUCCAGAUCCACACAAUCUUAUUUUUGAAAGAGAAAAUAACCCUAUCAUUACACUCUGUGACACUGAUCUGCGGUAUAGAGCGAAGAAAACGAACUCUUAAAUGGUGCCAUAUUAAAUAUUUGAAGUCAAAAAAUAAUAUAUAUAUAGCUAUUUCCUGCAAGAGCUGUUAUUAGAGGCUUAUGAAGAAGUGUUCUUUGUAGAAAUAAAGAUGCGUGGUAAUGGACCUGUAAGCCGAUUUGCAUGACACAUUUAAAUUACUACCUCAUUGCUCGAUAUAAUCUAUCUCUGGAGACAUUUCAAAUAAAGUACAUUUUGAGAGAGAAGUAUAUGUUUAAUAUCAGUACUGUCCAAUGUGAAUCAGAUUGUUUUCAGCAUUUGAAGAAUGUAGAAUGAAGGCAGAUUAGUGAUGGUGGGGUGAUGGCAACAACCCCUUGAUGGGAAACAAGAAAUAGGGAUUGCAAGUUGUUCGUUAACCAGAUUUAGCAUGGAAGCUUUAUGGAUUUUACGUUAGCAAUGAAAUGCAGAAAUCUAGAAUGGCCUUUUUUUGGGAACAUGUGGGGAUCUAAAGGUCUUCACAAAAGAUCAAAAUCAGGAUUGCUGCAACUGACCAGAAACAGAACUUUUUUUGGUUUGAUCUGGUCCUAUACUUGUACAGUGGUACCUCGGGUUACAGAUGUUUCAGGUUACAGAUGCUUCAGGUUGCAGACUCCGCUAACCCAGAAAUAUUACCUCAGUUUAAGAACUUUGCUUCAGGAUGAGAACAGAAAUUGCACAGCGGCGGCGCGGGAGGCCCCCAUUAGCUAAAGUGGUGCUUCAAGUUAAGAACAGUUUCAGGUUAAGAAUGGACCUCCAGAACGAAUUAAGUUCUUAACCCGAGGUACCACUGUAAUAGGUAAUAGCAGCAUAAUCUGCAAAAAUCAGCCAAAUGAAGCAUCUCAUGCCAAGAAGGUAAGCAUUAUGACCUGCUGACCAGUGUUAUCUAGACAAAAGCAGAUAAAUGUAUAAAGCAUACCUUAUAGGUCGCUUCAGUUGUCUUCUUCAGAAGCCUACAAAAACCUGGACCUAGAUCUCUUAUAACACUAUAAGUGCAUUAGCUCUAUAGAUUAUUCAUUUAAACACAAAAAAAUGCAAAUAAGGACUUGAAUAAUGUAAAAAAAUAUACAGGUGCCUAUUAUUUAUUUGUCAUGCUUUUAAAACACCCUUCAAUCAAAGUACCUAGGGCGGUAUACAAUUCAUCUUAAGAACACAGCCUAAAACAUCAUAAACUUCAUCUAAAGUACAGAAGGGACAUUGGUGGUGCUGUGGUCUAAACCACAGAGCCUAGGGCUUGCUGAUCAGAAGGUCAGCAGUUCGAAUCCCUGCGACGGGGUGAGCUCCCGUUGUUUGGUCCCAGCUCCUGCCCACCUAGCAGUUUGAAAGCACGUUAAAGUGCAAGUAGAUAAAUAGGUACCACUCUGGCGGGGAGGUAAAUGGUGUUUCCGUGUGCUGCUCUGGUUCGCCAGAAGCGGCUUAGUCAUGCUGGCCACAUGACCCGGAAGCUGUCUGGACAAACGCUGGCUCCCUCGGCCUAUAGAGCGAGAUGAGUACACAACCCCAGAGUCGCCCGCGACUGGACCUAAUGGCCAGGGGUACCUUUACCUUUUAAAGUACAGAAGUAAUUUCAUAUAAGAGAUACGCAAUCAUGUAGAUCUCACAAGUAGAUUGGUUGGUUUUUGCAUACCUACCACUCUCUGCAGGACAAGCAGUUGCAAUUGGGUGAUUUAUAAAUAAAGCAUCUACUUACCCAGAGUUCCAUUUUAAUUGGUGUGGUUCAUCAGUGUGGACUUGGCUGGUGCCAAUACAAGUCCCAUGUCAUCUAAAUCAAGAUGCUAAUGUCAAAGCACCUGGAGGGGUUUGUCUGAGUAGCUUUCCAGUUCAAUAUCACCACCAGGCAAAGCUCUGCAAGGUCUUUAUUGGCAUGUGUUCCCUGAACGACUAAUUGUAUAAAGUGGCAUCUCACGUUAGUGUCUGUGGUGAUGCUGGCUGUGUAUGUGGAAAUCUAAAAAGCCAGUUAAUAUCCUUUUAAUUGCUGGAGUUCAGUGUCUCAUUUCUGCCUUGGAAAUGUGCCAGCAGAGAGAUGGACACUGGGGAAUGAAAGUGACAGCUUUUGCCAAGUUACUUCUAUAGUGUAAUAUUUUAGCCUAUUUCCAUCAGUAGCUCCCAGAUUUUAAAUGGAAAAAUGAGAAACAAAAAUAGUCAGAUUUCUCCAGAUUCUCCAGAUUUUUGGUCAUGGUAAUCACCCGUAUUGGCAUCUCUUUUUAUGUCUACAGCCACCAUUUUGUGCUGGCACCCACAGCACUUAUCAGUACAGUGGUACCUCGGGUUAAGUACUUAAUUCGUUCCGGAGGUCCGUACUUAACCUGAAACUGUUCUUAACCCGAGGUACCACUUUAGCUAAUGGGGCCUCCUGCUGCUGCUGCGCCACCGGAGCACGAUUUCUAUUCUCAUCCUGAAGCAAAGUUCUUAACCUGAAGCACUAUUUCUGGGUUAGCGGAGUCUGUAACCUGAAGCGUAUGUGACCUGAAGCGUAUGUAACCCGAGGUACCACUGUAUGUGGGUAUUGGAACCACUUAAAAAAACCAAACCAAACCAAACCAAACCAACAGCUCCAUUCCUAAAUCAAAGAGGCUCAUUGUGAUUUCACGAUAGACCGAGUUUGGAAUCUUGGGAGUCGGCUUAUUGAAUACAUUCUUGCCUAGGAUUGUGCUGCAAAUCUUUACUUGGUGUGUCAACGAACACACGCCAUCUGCUCAAACAAGCAUCGUGCUCAAAGUAUUUCCACAUGGCAACAUUACAGCCUUAAAAAUACAUUUGCCAUAGGUGCAAUUGGGGAAUCUGGGUCUUAAAUGGUGCUAAUUGAAGGGCCAGUUCCAAUAGGAACACGCAGCAGCAGCAGGAGGGACAUAAUAAGGAAAAGGCACAUGAAAGGUUGCAUUCUGAUAUCAUGUUUUUCAUAGGGAGAAGGAUUAGCAUUUCCUGAUAAUCCUCCAGCUCUUUUUCCUGUGAUAAUGAUACAGGCAGCCCCCCAAUUUAAGCACAUUCAAUAUGCACGCAAAUGCACACCGCAACAAACCCAGAAGUGAUUUUUAAAAUCCCCCAAACAAGCCCAGAAGAAUCCAGAAAGGUCAGAAAAGGCACAGAGAGAGCACCUGGCCUUUGCAAUUGAAAUCCCAAGAGCCCUUGCACCAACCGUUGAGGCCUGCAGAGAGUUAGAGUUUGAGGAAGGAGGUUAUGAGAAUGCGAUGGUCUUGGAGUUUGGUGGAGGUUUUGCUCUGAUUUUUAUUUUUUUAAAAAAAUGCACUUCUUGAUCUCACCCACUCUGCUCGACGGUGAAGAUUAAAAUUUAUUCUGAACGUAUCGAAACAGAAUGCUGGGGAAACCACCGAGUUAUUAGUGAGGCAGCAUUUGUGUUAUUUCAGCUUGGCUGCAGUGUAAAAGUAUUAUGAUAUGAAGGAAUCACUGCAGCAUGAUUGACAGUUCGUUGUUUUUUUUUAAAUGAUAUUUAUUAAAGUUUCAACGAAUACAAAAACAAAAAAAAUGAAAAUACAAGAAAGUACCAAAUACAGAAAAAAGAAUAAGAUUUUUAAAAUAUAACAAAAAAAAAAGAAAAAUAAAGGAAAACAUACAAGAUACAGUUAAAAACACAUUAACGUUCCAUAAUAUACCUUCCCUAGCCUUAUUUCCCCGGACCUCCUCAUACCUCCCUUUUUUGUAUUCCAGUUUGGUUUGUUAGUUCAGCAAAUCCUUACCAUUAAGCUUUUACCCAUUUAUAAACCUUUUUUCAUAUCUCUUAAAGCAUUGCAGCUGGAAACCACUUAGUUUCUAUCUAACAUCCUUCUAAGAUUCAUAGCAUGAUUGACAGUUCGAGCGGGAUAGACAGCUAUAGUAAAAUGUGCUGUGGCUGUAAUCUAAUGUGACUACCAAGGCUAUAACUAAUGCUGGUUGACUAGUAAAAGGCCAUAAUAAAUAUGUUGGUAGCUUGUCCUUAUUAUAGGGGGGAUGCCUGGCAUAGAGUGCCAAGCUUCAUUAGGCUGCUUUACGGCGCCCCAGCGUAUCAUUUUUUUCCUGCGUGUUGUAAUUUUCAGAAUUACAGUAGCAUCUCCUAAGGCUGCCAUAACAGAGGCUGUGCUGUAAAAUGAAAAGCAUUUUGGACAGGCACAGGGCAUGGAUAUUUGCAAUCUGCCAUUCUGCAAAACUGAUAAAUGGGGAGAAUGCUGAUUAAAGAAGAGGUUUCUUUCUUUUUUUAAAAAAAAACAAAAACAAGUUAAUCGCUACCUAGCACUGGUUUCCACAGAGCAGCAGGUUUAAUUCUUGUGCCAAAAAGAUGGGCGUUGCCCGUAAGAUGCCACGAAGCACAGGAUACGCAUAAAGAAGCUAGCAAGAUUUCUAAGUACAGGCAUUUAUGCUUGUUCAAUAUGUGUGUGAAUGCGCACACGUGCAUUGCGCUGAGUCUGGAAAUUACCCAGAAAUGACACAGAGAGGGGUGGAAUGGGGCAGGGGCAGAAUGGGGUGUUUGCAGGGUUUCCCCAGUGGUUUCAAAUAGAUGUGAUUUCACUGACUCGCACGGUCCCUUGGAACAUAACCUCCAGGUUAAAAGCUGUACAUGGUGCAGCUGUUUCUCCCUUGUACUAACAAGACAUGAUGCAUCUUUCUAUCAUCAGGGUUACAUGUGCACAUUAUCAUAGUAACCACAUAGUGCUACACCAAAUUGAUGCUCCCAUUCUCCCCCUCCCACAGUCUGGUCAUAUAGUCGCAGCUACUUCAUUUUCAGAGACAAAAGUUCAGAUUAAGCACGUCUCUUUCUGGAGGGUCUAAUCAUGAAUGUGCCCAUUUUCUGAUCUCUCUCUCUCUCUCACUGGGAUUAGGAUGAAUAAUCAAGCUGUAUAGAAAUGUGAAUUUAAGACCACCAUUCAGAAUUGCCUUUACUUUUCUGCUUAGACUUUGGCCCUCAUACCAAUUAUUAUUUUUGUACGGUUUACAAGCAUGUUCUCAAUCAGCAUGUUUUCAGCAGACCUGCAAGGCACAGUUGUAAAGUCUUGUCAAGACUUUAAAGACUCUCUAAACUACUGCUCUCCCUCUCCUCCAAGAUGUUUUUUCUACCACCAAGGUUCCAGGUGCAUGUUUGCGUGGCGAGUUCCCGCCUCCCCCUCAGAAAUAAAGACACGAGACACAAGAAUUCGAGUUAAUGGGUCAAAUUAGGGCACAAUUUUAUUGAUUACAGGAAUUGAGCGGUAUUGGCUUAGGCAUUGGUCCUAUCAACUAACCGGCGGCUUCAGCCCGCUUGCUUGAAGACCGGUAAGGGUUAACCACCAGUAGGGGGAGUCCCACUGAUGCACAUCAACUGGGAGCUCCCCCGGGGUCACCGCUUGGGGGCGUGCCGUGGGCCCACACCUCCAUAGGCUUAGGACAAGGCCACGCCCCCCGGAAUCCUUUGCCAGACUACCCUUUGUUUUGGGGGAAGGUGAUGGCGCUUCCUCUCCCCGCUUCUUCUGCAUAAUAAUACCCCCACCAAUGCCUAACUGCCCAUACCGGGAGUUGUGACGGUUUGCUACGAGGUAGGCAAAAACCAAAUGGCUGGUGCCAAUCUGCCAAUUGGAAAAAUUCCUACCAGGCCCCUUGACGGCAACCAACCGAAGUCCAUAGCAACGUCAGAGAGCCUAGCCUAAAGGGUGGGAGGAUUCCCCUGGUAUCGCGGGGGCUGAAAGCCAGCUCCCGCGUGUGUGGGGAGGGGCGUGAAGCCCACAACCCCACCUCCUCCCUAGCUCGGAAGUGGCUUUGUCAGAGGGCCCAGCAUACAUGUGGAAUCUCACAGGGCAGGAAGGGUUUAAAAUAAAGCACAUGGAAGCAAAACAUCAAAACCCCUGUGUGCUUCAAGUUUUGUUUAGCAAACCCACAGAUUCCUUUCCAUUCCACCGUUUGACAGAUACGUUUGAAAAGAUCGAUUCCGAAGUCCGUGUUUUGCCAUGUGAUACUUGCACUUAUUGAAUGAUGGCUCAGUGCUGUGGCACAGCUAACACAACCCAGCUAUCACCGAUAAGCCUUUCUUAUCUUUUUUGUAUUAGGAGAGAGAGAGUGUGUGUGUGUACUUCUUAUCGAGGGAACACAGUUCCCCUCUGGAGCCAUAUUCACUGAGUGGUAACCAAUUCAUCCGAUGGGCUGAACUGAACUUAAAAAGAACCAAGCUGGCUUAGACUAAAGGUUCAUCUAGCCUAGCACCCUACUUUCCGCAGAUGCCUACAGAAAACCUCCAAGCCAAGCUUGAAGGCAAUAGACAUUACCUCCUGUUGAUCCUCAGCACCUGGUAUUCAGAGGCAGGCCGCAUGUAAACCUGGUGCCAUAGUGUUGUACGCAUGACCAUCUCCUCCUGCUCCAGUGCUCUCCUACCACUGGUGUUUGAAGUGGAGUACACAUGAUGAUGUUACCCACAAUCCCUAGAUAUAGCUCCCGUAGUUUAUUGAGAAAUACUGAUGUUUGAUACGUUUACCUUCAAAGUAGCUCCCAUCCAAUUUGAAAACGUAAGUCACAGUUAGGCAAAGGUGUGUACGUCUGAGGCAGUGUGCAUGUGCAUGGUGUCAUUGAACUGGAGUUCACUGGGUUUGCAAGCAAGAGGAAAUAAAUGGAACAGUGUGCAUUGGGUAAAAGUAAAAAAAGGGUAAAGGACCCCUGGACAGUUAAAUCCAGUCAAAGGCGGUUAUGGGGUGUGGCGCUCAUCUUGCUUUCAGUCCGAGGGAGCCGGCGUUUGUCCACAGACUGCUUUCCGGGUCAUGUGGCCAGCAUGACUAAAUCGCUUCUGGUGCAACAGGACAUUGUGACGGAAACCAGAGCGCACGGAAACGCCGUUUACCUUCCUGCCACAGUGGUGCCUAUUUAUCUACUCAUGCUGGUGUGCUUUCGAACUGCUAGGUUGGCAGGAGCCGGGAAAGAGCAACAGGAGCUCACCCCGUCGCGGGGAUUCAAACCGCCCACCUUCCCAUCGGCAAGCCCAAGAGGCUCAGUGGUUUAGACCACAGCGCCACCCGCGUCCACAUUGGGUGCAGGGCCAUUCUGCAAGAGAGGGAAUGGUGGGAGUUGUUCAACAGUGGAACAGCCUCCCGCUCGGUAGUGGACUCUCCUCCCUUGGAGGUUUCCAAGCAGAGGUUGGUGGGGCCAUCUGUCAUGGAUGCUUUGGCUGAGAUUCCUGCAUGAAACCUUGGUGUCCCUCCCAACUAUACAGUUCUGUGAAAACUUGCUUACAUUUGUAAUCAAUAAAAGUUGUGUCCCAAGUACUGUUUGUUGGCAUCCUUCGGGGGUCGAGAUGCCAGCUGACUAGCCCCCAGCUGGAUCAUGCCCUUCUAGCCAUGACGAUCCCCCGAUCUCUGGUGCGACGUAAAUCAGCGACUCAGACUUCAAAAGCCUGAAGUAGGGUGCGGAAAGUAGGGUGCUAGGCUAGAUGAACCUUUAGCAGAGCAUACUGUGCAAACAGAACAGGCGUGAGGCUUGUAGAAACAUACUAACAGCUAAAGAUUUAUUAAGCAUAAAUCAGGACAAAGAAAACACGUCGUCUCCCUUUCUUCUCCUCAGAGAGACAGUGUCUAAAGCAAAAGAUACCCACACACGGAAGUUCCCAGCAGACUGUGCUGGUAUAUAAACAGACAUGUGACAUGCAACAGUUCCAUGUCUGCAACUAAAGGUGGAAUGGAAUUUUCCAACACUGUUGUCCUGUGUCUCAAUUGUGUCUUGUUUGUGUGUGUACCUGUCCCCGCUCAUGGCUUCACCACGCCCGGUCCCACAAUGUCUGGAGGGCCACAGGUUCCCCCUGCUCUCUGCGCUGAGAGGCUACGAGCAAGGACCAUGUGAUGCAACUGGGCUUUCUUUUGAGAACACCUGAAAGGCUGAGCUCCACUUUUGAUUUUACGUACGUUGCUGAAAAGAAGAUUUAGCCUCCACAAGCUGUAUUUCGUCCCUGCUGUACACUGACACGUUUUUAAAAAGAAAUACUGUUUCCAUAAUUUGAACAAACAAGUUGCUCUUUAUGGCCCCUUUCUGGGUGAUGCACUGCCCCAUUCACAGUCUAUCAAUAUAACUGGGCCACUAACAUUUUACAAAGGAGACAUAAAGAGGUUAAAAAUGUUAGGAGAGUUCUUAGGUUCUCUGCCAUCUCCCCCGCCCAGGGUUAUUUCCUCUACCCCUCUCUUGAGUUUUUAUCUCAGAAUAAUAGGAUGGUUUGUGCUGAGGUGUGUGUUUGCCUCCAUGCUUUAUAGUUCUUGUUAUUACUGCAGUGUUGACCUCAGCACAUUUUAUUUAGGUUUUUCUGUUUUUCAUUUUUUAGUAA